AUGGUCACCGAAACCGGACAAGCGGAGGGGAAUACCUCUUCAUUUUUAAGAGCGGCACGAUCCGGGAACCUUGAUAAAGUCAUUGAACACUUGAAAAACAAAAUAGAUAUAAAUACAUCUAACUCUAACGGUUUGAAUGCUUUGCAUUUGGCUUCAAAAGACGGGCAUUUGGAAAUCGUAAAAGAGUUAUUGAAAAGGGGCGCUAACGUAAACUCGGCAACAAAAAAAGGAAAUACUGCACUUCAUAUUGCUUCUCUUGCGGGGCAAUAUGAUGUGGUGGUCACCCUUGUGGAACAUGGCGCAUUGGUGAAUGUGCAAAGUCAAAAUGGUUUCACCCCUUUGUAUAUGGCUGCGCAAGAAAAUCACGACAGAGUUGUUAAGUAUUUGUUAGCAAAUGGGGCCAAUCAAAAUCUGGCAACUGAGGAUGGAUUUACACCAUGCGCUGUUGCAAUGCAACAAGGCCAUGAAAAGGUAGUAACUGUGUUAUUAGAAAAUGAUACCAAAGGUAAAGUUCGUCUCCCUGCAUUGCAUAUUGCAGCAAAAAAAGACGAUUGCAAGGCCGCAGAUUUACUCCUUCAAAAUGAUCAUAAUCCAGACGUAACAUCUAAGAGUGGAUUUACUCCAUUACAUAUUGCUUCACAUUAUGGAAACGACGGUAUUGCUAAACUUCUCCUUGCUAAAGGCGCUGACGUCAACUACUCUGCUAAACAUAACAUAACUCCAUUGCACGUAGCAGCAAAAUGGGGUAAAAGCAACAUGGUAUCUUUGUUGCUCGAAAGCGGUGCGAAUAUUGAAGCUAAAACUAGAGAUGGUUUAACGGCUUUACAUUGCGCUGCUAGAUCCGGACACGACCAAGUUAUUGACAUGCUUUUACAAAGAAAUGCUCCAAUCAGUUCAAAGACCAAGAACGGUUUGGCGGCAUUGCACAUGGCGGCCCAAGGAGAUCACGUCGAAGCCGCUAAAGUGUUAUUGUCCAACAACGCUCCGGUUGACGACGUGACCGUAGAUUAUUUGACCGGUCUUCACGUGGCCGCCCACUGCGGACACAUCCGGGUGGCCAAACUCUUGUUGGAGAAACACGCGGAUCCUGAUGCCAGGGCGUUGAACGGUUUUACGCCAUUGCACAUUGCGUGCAAGAAGAACCGCAUCAAAGUUGUGGAGCUGCUACUCAAGUACAACGCGAGCUUGGAGGCGACUACGGAAUCCGGUCUCACUCCGUUACACGUCGCCAGUUUCAUGGGCUGCAUGAACAUCGUGAUAUUCCUGUUGCAACACGAGGCCAACCCGGACCUGCCGACGGUGAGAGGAGAGACGCCAUUGCAUCUGGCUGCCAGGGCCAAUCAGACAGACAUCAUACGGAUAUUGCUCCGCAACGGAGCUCAAGUGGACGCCAGGGCUAGAGAGAAACAAACUCCGCUUCACAUAGCUUCCAGGUUGGGUAACGUGGACAUCGUAAUGUUGCUGUUAGCUCACGGCGCGGCAGUCGAUUCGACCACGAAAGAUCUAUACACCGCUCUACAUAUUGCCUCUAAAGAGGGCCAGGAGGAGGUUGCAUCAGUGUUGUUGGAGAAUGAAGCCUCAGUGACAGCAACCACUAAAAAAGGGUUUACCCCACUACAUUUGGCAUCAAAGUACGGCAACAUUAAAGUCACCAAGUUGCUGUUACAAAAACAAGCUCCAGUUGAUGCGCAAGGAAAGAACGGCGUAACACCAUUACACGUAGCAAGUCAUUAUGACAAUCAAGCAGUUGCAUUAAUGUUACUUGACAAACAAGCAUCUCCUCAUGCCACAGCCAAAAAUGGCCACACGCCUCUUCAUAUAGCGGCAAAAAAGAAUCAGAUGGAUAUUGCAGUUACUUUAUUAGACUACGGAGCAAAAGCAAACGCCGAGUCAAAAGCAGGAUUUACUCCUCUUCAUCUGAGUUCUCAGGAAGGUAAUGUUGAGAUGACUACUUUACUUUUGAACCACAACGCAGAUCCUAAUUAUAAAUCAAAGAACGGUUUAACACCAAUGCAUCUUACCGCACAAGAAGAUAAACAUAAAGUAGCUGUUGUGUUGGAUAAUUACCAUGCAGAUAUUAACCCGGAAACUAAAGCUGGAUUUACUCCUUUGCACGUUGCUUGUCAUUUCGGCCAAUUAAACAUGGUUCGAUUCAUAACCGCUCGUCAAGGAGUUAAUAUUAACGCGACUACAGCUUCUGGAUAUACACCACUUCACCAAGCAGCUCAGCAAGGACAUUCUACCAUUGUAAGCCACUUAUUGGAUAAGGGAGCUGACCCAGAUUUAUUGACAAGUCAAGGACAAACGGCUCUGUCAAUUUCUCAGAAAUUGGGCUACAUAAGUGUAGUAGAGGCUUUGAAGAAUGUCACAAAAGCUGUACCUUCAUCAACUUCUGACGAAAAGUACAAAGUGAUUUCUCCAGAAACCAUGCAAGAAACAUUUAUGUCGGACUCAGAAGAUGAAGGUGGUGACGUUUUGCAAAGCGGAAGCGUCGAGUAUGGUCUCAACACUAGAGCUCAACUAACACAAAAUGUUAUCGUUUCGUCACGCGAGGAGACCAUGAUUAACGAACAGUCGUACAGGUAUUUAACGGGAGAGGAAAUGAAGGGUUUCGGCGACGAAUCAGCUCCCAUCGAUGUCACACGGGACGAGAGGUGUGACGCGAAUACUGUGCCCCCCACAUCCAUCGACGAAGCCAUCAGUCCACAGACCGUCUAUGACAGUUACAGCGGCCCCGUGGAUAACGUCGACAUCGUUAAAUAUCCACCUCACGUUGGACGUUUACAAUGGAAAACGUUUUUGGUGAGCUUCUUGGUGGACGCUCGCGGCGGAGCGAUGCGCGGAUGCCGGCACAGUGGCGUCCGCGUGAUCGUACCUCCCCGACGAGCAUCCAUGCCCACGAGGGUGACUUGCCGAUAUUUAAGACGCGAAAAAUUGGUGCACCCUCCACCACUGAUGGAGGGCGAGUCGUUGGCUAGCAGAAUACUCGAACUCGGUCCCGUGGGGGCUAAGUUUUUGGGGCCUGUUAUGAUCGAAGUACCGAAUUUCGGAUCUCUCCGUGGAUCUGAAAGAGAAAUCGUCGUUCUCAGGUCGGAAAAUGGCGAGACGUGGAGAGAGCACACGGUUGAAGUGACCGACGAAGUCGUCAAGGACAUACUCGGAGCGAAUUUCGAUAAAGAAGACCGCGACCCGUGGCAUUCCGGUAACCGUCUGACGAGGAUCGUGACGACGGAGUUUCCGCAUUACUUUGCCAUCGUGUCCAGAGUCAAGCAAGAGGUACACGCCAUUGGGCCGGAGGGAGGCAUGGUCUCGUCGACGGUGGUGCCACAGGUGCAGGCGGUAUUCCCGCAGGGAGCCCUGACCAAGCGCAUUAAAGUCGGCCUACAGGCCCAACCGAUCCCGUCCGAGCUGACGGCCAAACUACUGGGAAACCGAGUGGCCGUGUCACCGAUCGUCACCGUCGAACCGAGAAGGCGAAAGUUCCACAAGCCCAUCACGCUCACGUUGCCAUUGCCGCAAGCCUCUUCCAAGGGGAUGAUCAACCACUACACGGGCGAUGCGCCCACCCUCAGGCUUUUGUGCAGCAUCACAGGAGGAACGUCCAGAGCACAAUGGGAGGACGUCACGGGCUCGACGCCCCUUACGUUUAUCAACGAUUGCGUAUCGUUCACGACAACUGUGUCGGCGCGAUUUUGGCUAAUGGACUGCCGAAACGUGGCUGACGCUUCGAAAAUGGCCACCGAACUAUAUCGGGAGGCCAUACACGUGCCGUUUAUGGCCAAAUUCGUGGUGUUCGCUAAACGAACGGACACAAACGAAGCUCGAAUACGGUUGUUCUGCAUGACGGACGACAGGGAAGACAAGACCUUGGAACACAAAGAACAUUUCACCGAAGUCUCGAACAGUAGAGAUGUCGAGGUUCUGGAAGGCAAGCCCGUGUACGUAGAAUUCGCAGGAAACCUCGUUCCAGUCACCAAGUCUGGCGAACAGCUCAGACUGGUGGUGAGGGCGUUCAAAGAAAACAGAUUACCAUUCACCAUGCGCGUGAAAGACCCCAGUGCCGAACCACGUUCGUGGACUAUCAUAAUGAAAGAACCAAAAGUUUCUAAAAACGAACCAGCACAGACGCCAGUUUGCGUUUUGCAAUUCGGACUGCCCGAAAACAUUGUACAUGAUACAGACGUCAAUGCCGACGAGCAUUACAAUAAUUACACGUACACCCGCGAUUCAAACACCGAGUCACACAAACGUGCCGAACUGAGGAUAACCGAUAUUAGUAAUUUCGUGUCUGAUGAUUGGAUUAACCUGGCCCACGAAUUGGGUUUCCAAUCGUCAGAUAUCGCUCAAAUUCAGAGAGAAUACCCAGAUAGUAGCGGUCAACAGUGUAUGAGUAUGCUGAACUUGUGGAUGAACGAAAUAUCUGGUCAAGAUUCAGUCAUAGCUUUAGAAAGAGCUUUAAACAAUAUAGGUAGAGUUGAUGUAGUGGAGAAGUGUAAUUUUGCGGAGAUCGGACACUAUCCUUUGCAAAAUGGCGUUUACGCAGAACCAGAAACACAUCAAAGCUAUCAAUCUCCGAACAGCAAAUACGCCGCCGAAGAGAAGGCUGUGAUCGAAGACGAGAUCGUUAAAACCGUGACCGAGAGACGUAUGGAAAUCGAACAACGGUUGAACGGCGAACCAGUGGUCAUCGACAAGAAAUAUGAACCGUUUACCAGAGUGGACGACGAGAUCCAGAUGGCAUCAAAACCCGCCGUCGAACCGAUCGAACCCACCGAGGUGUCGUUCGAACACAAACGCAUGUCAUUCGAGAGGGGAGUGUCGAUCGAACAGGUGCUCCAUGAAGACAUCCCGGUCAAAGACAAAUCGGUCGUGUUGGAAGAUAAAAAGAUGCCGUCAAUCGACGAAAAGCCUAUCGACGUGGACGUGGACGUGGAUGCAACGAGCCUGACGUUUCACGAAAAGAGGUUGUCGUUCGAGCAAGGCAUACCCGUCAAGGAAAUCAUACAGAAAAAGACGGAAGAUAUCAUCACCGUACCUGCAGGACACGGAAAAGAAUCGACGACGAUAAUUGAAACCGAAAAGUCGGUCACAAAGAGGGAUACGACGUCGACAGAAGACGCAAAACUUUCUGAUACAAAAUCAGAUAUAAGGCCUAGCAUUGAAUUGACUAAGGACACAAAUGAGCAAAUAAGACGCGAUUCUAUAUUGUUUGAAGAAGUUUCUCAAGGUUUGGUGAAAUUAGAUUCGACUGGACCGAAAGUAGAAGACAAAACUGAACUACUAUCGCCUCAGUCAUCUAGAACUCCUCCACCUAGCCCUGCGGAGUUCAAAGACAUAGAGCAACAAAAUGAAUCUAAACAACGCCAGUCAGAAACCGUAUCUGAAAAAGAACCGCAAACAGCAUUAUGGUCACAGGACAAUGAUGACUUGCUGGACACUCAUGGUUUUGGUGAACAUCUCAACGGCAUUGAAACGCCAAAUUUAUCAAAGCCGAAAAAUCAUAAAUCGUUGGCGGACAUUGAUGAGGAAUUUGAGGAACGGUCGGUUGUAUUGCACCCCUUUUUUGAUCAACCAAAAAGAGACAUUUACGAACAAGUUCAAUUUAUAAAACAUCACGAUGACUCGCCUGCAUUUGAUAGCCCGUUAACGGAUAAAAGUGUAUCUCAUCAUGAUACGGGAAUUAGUCUGACUAGGGAAUAUUCUGAUACAUUAACUAGUUCAGGACUAAAAACAAAACCUAAACAUACAGAUACAGCUUUUGAUGAAGAAGCAGAGCUGACUGAUAAUGGAUUAAGUCCAAUUCAACCUGAUGAAGUCGGACUUUCUGCAAAUGAAAUAAAAGAAAUAAAGAAGAAAAUUGGAAUGUAUGACGCCGGAAAUAGCCCAAUAACAUUUAUGGAAUCUAUAGCAUUAUCUCCAUUUGGGACAGUGACAAGUGAUGUUGCUACUAUUACUGAUAAUGUGAAAAAAAUUGAUGUAGCCAACAGUCCAAUUGAAUCAAAUAAAGAUCAAAGAAAUAUGGACACAAGAGUAGACGUAAAAAAAAUGAUAAUGCAAUUAGAGAAAUCUGGAGCAGGAAUGGAAAACGUGACGUCCCAACAAUCACCGAAAAUAAAACCAUCAGUAAAACCAUUUAUAUCGGGAAUAGUACUUCCAGAGGACCAUCAAACUAUAUAUGUUGAUAUUGAAAAAAAAUAUAAGCAAUAUGAUACAAAUACAAUGAAUAUACAAUCGAAACUAGACGAAGUAAUUAAAACAGAAAAAUGCGUAUUGGAUCAUUUAGAAAAGGUUGUAGAUAUGUCCUCGAAUAAUAAUUCGGAGCUGGAAAGUAAAUUAUUGCAAAUUGUUAACAUCGAAACAAGCAUGUUGCAGAGCUUUGACAAAAUAAUUGACAAACACGAUAAAAGUGUUAAUAAUUCGUGUUUAAAAAAUUUAGAAAAAAAUAUAAUAGCUGAGAAAGCUGAGAAAGCUGAUGAAAAUUUACAAAAACAACAAUCACCUAAGAAAUGUACUGAAGAUAAAAUUGAAAAAAAAUAUAUAGACACAGGGUAUAGAAAAGAAGAAAGUAUUAUGGAACCAAUUAAAGUCACAGGUAUUUCUAAGGAAUUAAAAAAGUUAAUAGACGAUGAUGAGAUAGAACAAGAAAGAAUGUAUAGAGUAUUACUGAAUGAAACUAAUACAAACGAUAACAAAUAUAGCAACAAAACGCCUGUAGUGGAAGAAAUUAUAACUCCUAAACGUGUAAAACCAAUUACCAAAAAAGAUGAUGCCAUAGAAGACGAAGAAGACGAAUCAGAUAUUUUUGAAAAAUUUACUCGGGAGCAUUUAAAAAAGUCUUUAGACCUAUCGCAAACUAACGUUGAAAAAGAAGAUAAUGAUAUUAAAGAUGUUCCAAAAGAAAUAGAUUUUGAUAUUGUAGAUGACGAAGAAAAUGAAAUGAACAACGCUAAAAAAGAUAAAUCAUUAUCUUUUAUCCCUAAAACAAUAGAAAAAGGAUUAAAAGAUAUAACGAUGACAUUAACGAGUAUUGUAAAAAAAAUGGAUGUAAAUGAUAUGUCAGGAAAGAAAAAUGAGAAUGAAGGAGGUGAUAAAGAAACUGAAAUAAUAAAUGAAAGUACAAAGCAAGGGAGUGGAGAAACAGAGUCAAAUAAAAAUAAAAAUGUUAAAAAAAAUAAUACUAAAAAUGAACUAAAAUCUAAUAUAACUCCACAAACCCCGAUUUUAAAAAGGGAGACAUUAUUAAAGAAUAAUAUUAAAAAUGAGAGUAUAGAACAAUGUAAUUAUAUUGCAGAAAGAGACCCUAAAAAAGAACUAGUUGAUAGUUAUGAAAAGAGCACAAAAAAUAAAGAACGAUUUAAGAUAAACACAGUUACAAAUCAAAAUAAUAAACCUGUAACUACGACUAAUAACGCGGAAAAAGAAGUACAUAAAAACAUACUAACAACUGAAAAAUCAAACUUAGACAAAACUAAUGAAAGUAUAAAAAUAGAUAUUAAACAAACUGUAGCAACUUCUUCAAUAGAAAAUAAAACGUUACCAACCACAGUAAAUUCAUUAAUAAAGUCAGAAAUAAAGCCAAUUAUAACAGAAAACCAGAAAACAAUUUUACAAAUAGAUGAUUCAAAUAUCAAUACUACACAAAAACAGAUAGUAGGUGAACAAAAAAAUACCAACAGCCCAUAUAAAAAGUUAGAUAUAAAUACCGAAACCGAAAUUGAUACAAUAAAUAUAACUACAACGUCCUACGAAACGUACGAAAAAACUGAAAGACAUACAAAAACAUUCAUACUAAAAACAAAUAAAGAACAUAAGGAGAUAAAAACCACAGAUAUUUAUUGCACAACGCAUACAGAGGAUAAACUAAUGAAAGAUGAAACAAUCCAAUUUGAAAACUUGACAAAAAAAGAUAGAGAAGAAGGUAUUCAACAACAAAAAGACCAUUUUGAGAACAAAGCAGAAAAAUUAAUACAACAAAAAAAUGAACUUCAUUCAGAGACAACCAAACUGAGAGAUGAAAAAGUAAAAGAACAAUCAGAAGUGGAAAAUAACAAAGAUAAACAAUAUAUCGAAGGUAUUGAAACCGAUAAAGUACAUUUUGAUGAGUUUUAUAAAUGGGUAGAUAAAUUAGUAGGAGAGAAAAAUGACAAUAUAACAAAAAAACAAAAUGAGAACGAAAAAAAACAAAAUCUCUUUAAAACAAUUAGAACUGCAUCCAUCGAUAAGGAACAUAUAGAAGAUGAAUCAAUCACAGUUAAAGAAUUUACAUCAAAACAAGUUACAUCUAAAUACUCAAAUGAACUAGAAAACGAAAUAUUAAUAUCCACAAAACCACAAACACAACAAACAACAACUGAAACUGCUAUGAUAUUAAAAACAAAAAACCCAUUAAUAUUAGAAAAAGAGAAAACACGCAACCAAACAAAUAAAAAUACUGAAAAACCAGAAUUAGAUGUAACUGAUAUUAAAGAUAAAAUAAAACAAUUUAUAAUAUCGGAAAAAGAAAAAGUUGAAAUUGUUAAACACAAAAAAGAUACUGAAGAACCACCAAAUAAUAAAAAAAGUUUAUCUAAAUACUCUAAAGAAUCAACUACAUCAGAUAAAAGUGAUAAAGAUUUACCCACUGCUCUAAAAGAUGCACCAAAAAUGGAUAAAAUAUUAACUGAAAAAACAGAUUCCGUCAUUAGUGAAACUAAAGAUGAUACUAAGAAACUAACAACAACACAAAUUGAAAGUAAGGAAACGGUCACACAUGAAACAAUAAUAGAAAAACAUAUAGCAGAAAAAACUGAUCUAAUUAAAUCUGACUCAAAACAUUCAAUUAAAUCAACGAUAAGUGACAAAGAUGAAAUUAUCAAACAUGUUUUAGCUACUGACAAACCAACGACUGAUAAAACAGUUCUGACUAAAACUGAUUCAAAAGAAUCAAUUAAAUCUAUAAUUAGUGAUAAAGAUACUCAUGAAAUUUCGACAAUCGAAAAAGAUACUGAUAGACCAACGAGCGAUAAGACAAGUUUAACUAAAUCUGAAUCUUUGGAAUCUGUAAAAUCCGAUAAGAGCGAUAAAGGUUUAACCCCUGUUAUAAAAGAUGGAACAAAAUUAGAUAAAAUAAUAACCGAAAAAUCUGAUUCCAUCGUAAGUGAUACUAAAAAACUAAUAACGACACAAAUUGAAAGUAAGGAAACCACCACACAUGAAACAGUAACAGAAAAACAUACGGGGGAGAAAACCGAUCUAAUUAAAUCUGACUCUGUAGAAUCAAUAACAUCCGAUAAAAGUGAAAAAGAUACUUACAAACCUUCUAGUGAUAAAACAAGUUUAACUAAAUCCGUCUCAAUAGAAUCCGUAAAAUCCGAUAAAAGUGAUAAAGAUUUACCCACUGUUCUAAAAGAUGCACCAAAAAUGGAUAAAAUAUUAACUGAAAAAACAGAUUCCGUCAUUAGUGAAACUAAAGAUGAUACUAAGAAACUAACAACAACACAAAUUGAAAGUAAGGAAACGGUCACACAUGAAACAAUAACAGAAAAACAUAUAGCAGAAAAAACUGAUCUAAUUAAAUCUGACUCAAAAGAUUCAAUUAAAUCAACGAUAAAAGACAAAGAUAAAAUUAUCAAACAUGUUUUAGCUACUGACAAACCAACGACUGAUAAAACAGUUCUGACUAAAACUGAUUCAAAAGAAUCAAUUAAAUCUUUAAUUAGUGAUAAAGAUACUCAUGAAAUUUCGGCAAUCGAAAAAGAUACUGAUAGACCAACGAGCGAUAAGACAAGUUUAACUAAAUCUGAAUCUUUGGAAUCUGUAAAAUCCGAUAAGAGCGAUAAAGGUUUAACCCCUGUUAUAAAAGAUGGAACAAAAUUAGAUAAAAUUAUAACCGAAAAAUCUGAUUCCAUCGUAAGUGAUACUAAAAAACUAAAAACGAUACAAAUUGAAAGGAAGGAAACCACCACACAUGAAACAGUAAGAGAAAAACAUACGGGGGAGAAAACCGAUCUAAUAAAAUCUGACUCUGUAGAAUCAAUAACAUCCGAUAAAAGUGAAAAAGAUACUUACAAACCUUCUAGUGAUAAAACAAGUUUAACUAAAUCCGUCUCAAUAGAAUCCGUAAAAUCAGAUAAAAGUGAUAAAGAUUUACCUACUGUUCUAAAAGAUGCACCAAAAAUGGAUAAAAUAUUAACUGAAAAAACAGAUUCCGUCAUUAGUGAAACUAAAGAUGAUACUAAGAAACUAACAACAACACAAAUUGAAAGUAAGGAAACGGUCACACAUGAAACAAUAACAGAAAAACAUAUAGCAGAAAAAACUGAUCUAAUUAAAUCUGACUCAAAAGAUUCAAUUAAAUCAACGAUAAGUGACAAAGAUGAAAUUAUCAAACAUGUUUUAGCUACUGACAAACUAACGACUGAUAAAACAGUUCUGACUAAAACUGAUUCAAAAGAAUCAAUUAAAUCUAUAAUUAGUGAUAAAGAUACUCAUGAAAUUUCGACAAUCGAAAAAGAUACUGAUAGAACAACGAGCGAUAAGACAAGUUUAACUAAAUCUGAAUCUUUGGAAUCUGUAAAAUCCGAUAAGAGCGAUAAAGGUUUAACCCCUGUUAUAAAAGAUGGAACAAAAUUAGAUAAAAUAAUAACCGAAAAAUCUGAUUCCAUCGUAAGUGAUACUAAAAAACUAAUAACAACACAAAUUGAAAGUAAGGAAACCACCACACAUGAAACAGUAACAGAAAAACAUACGGGGGAGAAAACCGAUCUAAUAAAAUCUGACACUGUAGAAUCAAUAACAUCCGAUAAAAGUGAAAAAGAUACUGACAAACCGUCUAGUGAUAAAACAAGUUUAACUAAAUCCGUCUCAAUAGAAUCCGUAAAAUCCGAUAAAAGUGAUAAAGAUUUACCCACUGUUCUAAAAGAUGCACCAAAAAUGGAUAAAAUAUUAACUGAAAAAACAGAUUCCGUCAUUAGUGAAACUAAAGAUGAUACUAAGAAACUAACAACAACACAAAUUGAAAGUAAGGAAACGGUCACACAUGAAACAAUAACAGAAAAACAUAUAGCAGAAAAAACUGAUCUAAUUAAAUCUGACUCAAAAGAUUCAAUUAAAUCAACGAUAAAAGACAAAGAUAAAAUUAUCAAACAUGUUUUAGCUACUGACAAACCAACGACUGAUAAAACAGUUCUGACUAAAACUGAUUCAAAAGAAUCAAUUAAAUCUUUAAUUAGUGAUAAAGAUACUCAUGAAAUUUCGGCAAUCGAAAAAGAUACUGAUAGACCAACGAGCGAUAAGACAAGUUUAACUAAAUCUGAAUCUUUGGAAUCUGUAAAAUCGGAUAAGAGCGAUAAAGGUUUAACCCCUGUUAUAAAAGAUGGAACAAAAUUAGAUAAAAUUAUAACCGAAAAAUCUGAUUCCAUCGUAAGUGAUACUAAAAAACUAAAAACGAUACAAAUUGAAAGGAAGGAAACCACCACACAUGAAACAGUAACAGAAAAACAUACGGGGGAGAAAACCGAUCUAAUAAAAUCUGACACUGUAGAAUCAAUAACAUCCGAUAAAAGUGAAAAAGAUACUUACAAACCUUCUAGUGAUAAAACAAGUUUAACUAAAUCCGUCUCAAUAGAAUCCGUAAAAUCCGAUAAAAGUGAUAAAGAUUUACCCACUGCUCUAAAAGAUGCACCAAAAAUGGAUAAAAUAUUAACUGAAAAAACAGAUUCCGUCAUUAGUGAAACUAAAGAUGAUACUAAGAAACUAACUACAACACAAAUUGAAAGUAAGGAAACGGUCACACAUGAAACAAUAAUAGAAAAACAUAUAGCAGAAAAAACUGAUCUAAUUAAAUCUGACUCAAAACAUUCAAUUAAAUUAACGAUAAGUGACAAAGAUGAAAUUAUCAAACAUGUUUUAGCUACUGACAAACCAACGACUGAUAAAACAGUUCUGACUAAAACUGAUUCAAAAGAAUCAAUUAAAUCUAUAAUUAGUGAUAAAGAUACUCAUGAAAUUUCGACAAUCGAAAAAGAUACUGAUAGACCAACGACCGAUAAGACAAGUUUAACUAAAUCUGAAUCUUUGGAAUCUGUAAAAUCCGAUUUGAGCGAUAAAGGUUUAACCCCUGUUAUAAAAGAUGGAACAAAAUUAGAUAAAAUAAUAACCGAAAAAUCUGAUUCCAUCGUAAGUAAUACUAAAAAACUAAUAACAACACAAAUUGAAAGUAAGGAAACCACCACACAUGAAACAGUAACAGAAAAACAUACGGGGGAGAAAACCGAUCUAAUAAAAUCUGACACUGUAGAAUCAAUAACAUCCGAUAAAAGUGAAAAAGAUACUGACAAACCGUCUAGUGAUAAAACAAGUUUAACUAAAUCCGUCUCAAUAGAAUCCGUAAAAUCCGAUAAAAGUGAUAAAGAUUUACCCACUGUUCUAAAAGAUGCACCAAAAAUGGAUAAAAUAUUAACUGAAAAAACAGAUUCCGUCAUUAGUGAAACUAAAGAUGAUACUAAGAAACUAACAACAACACAAAUUGAAAGUAAGGAAACGGUCACACAUGAAACAAUAACAGAAAAACAUAUAGCAGAAAAAAUUGAUCUAAUUAAAUCUGACUCAAAAGAUUCAAUUAAAUCAACGAUAAGUGACAAAGAUGAAAUUAUCAAACAUGUUUUAGCUACUGACAAACCAACGACUGAUAAAACAGUUCUGACUAAAACUGAUUCAAAAGAAUCAAUUAAAUCUAUAAUUAGUGAUAAAGAUACUCAUGAAAUUUUGACAAUCGAAAAAGAUACUGAUAGACCAACGAGCGAUAUGACAAGUUUAACUAAAUCUGAAUCUUUGGAAUCUGUAAAAUCCGAUAAGAUCAAUAAAGGUUUAACCCCUGUUAUAAAAGAUGGAACAAAAUUAGAUAAAAUAAUAACCGAAAAAUCUGAUUCCAUCGUAAGUGAUACUAAAAAACUAAUAACGACACAAAUUGAAAGGAAGGAAACCACCACACAUGAAACAGUAACAGAAAAACAUACGGGGGAGAAAACCGAUCUAAUAAAAUCUGACACUGUAGAAUCAAUGACAUCCGAUAAAAGUGAAAAAGAUACUUACAAACCUUCUAGUGAUAAAACAAGUUUAACUAAAUCCGUCUCAAUAGAAUCCGUAAAAUCCGAUAAAAGUGAUAAAGAUUUACCCACUGUUCUAAAAGAUGCACCAAAAAUGGAUAAAAUAUUAACUGAAAAAACAGAUUCCGUCAUUAGUGAAACUAAAGAUGAUACUAAGAAACUAACAACAACACAAAUUGAAAGUAAGGAAACGGUCACACAUGAAACAAUAACAGAAAAACAUAUAGCAGAAAAAACUGAUCUAAUUAAAUCUGACUCAAAAGAUUCAAUUAAAUCAACGAUAAGUGACAAAGAUGAAAUUAUCAAACAUGUUUUAGCUACUGACAAACCAACGACUGAUAAAACAGUUCUGACUAAAACUGAUUCAAAAGAAUCAAUUAAAUCUAUAAUUAGUGAUAAAGAUACUCAUGAAAUUUUGACAAUCGAAAAAGAUACUGAUAGACCAACGAGCGAUAAGACAAGUUUAACUAAAUCUGAAUCUUUGGAAUCUGUAAAAUCCGAUAAGAGCGAUAAAGGUUUAACCCCUGUUAUAAAAGAUGGAACAAAAUUAGAUAAAAUAAUAACCGAAAAAUCUGAUUCCAUCGUAAGUGAUACUAAAAAACUAAUAACGACACAAAUUGAAAGUAAGGAAACCACCACACAUGAAACAGUAACAGAAAAACAUACGGGGGAGAAAACCGAUCUAAUAAAAUCUGACUCUGUAGAAUCAAUAACAUCCGAUAAAAGUGAAAAAGAUACUUACAAACCUUCUAGUGAUAAAACAAGUUUAACUAAAUCCGUCUCAAUAGAAUCCGUAAAAUCCGAUAAAAGUGAUAAAGAUUUACCCACUGUUCUAAAAGAUGCACCAAAAAUGGAUAAAAUAUUAACUGAAAAAACAGAUUCCGUCAUUAGUGAAACUAAAGAUGAUACUAAGAAACUAACAACAACACAAAUUGAAAGUAAGGAAACGGUCACACAUGAAACAAUAACAGAAAAACAUAUAGCAGAAAAAACUGAUCUAAUUAAAUCUGACUCAAAAGAUUCAAUUAAAUCAACGAUAAGUGACAAAGAUGAAAUUAUCAAACAUGUUUUAGCUACUGACAAACCAACGACUGAUAAAACAGUUCUGACUAAAACUGAUUCAAAAGAAUCAAUUAAAUCUAUAAUUAGUGAUAAAGAUACUCAUGAAAUUUCGACAAUCGAAAAAGAUACUGAUAGACCAACGAGCGAUAAGACAAGUUUAACUAAAUCUGAAUCUUUGGAAUCUGUAAAAUCCGAUAAGAGCGAUAAAGGUUUAACCCCUGUUAUAAAAGAUGGAACAAAAUUAGAUAAAAUAAUAACCGAAAAAUCUGAUUCCAUCGUAAGUGAUACUAAAAAACUAAUAACGACACAAAUUGAAAGUAAGGAAACCACCACACAUGAAACAGUAACAGAAAAACAUACGGGGGAGAAAACCGAUCUAAUAAAAUCUGACUCUGUAGAAUCAAUAACAUCCGAUAAAAGUGAAAAAGAUACUUACAAACCUUCUAGUGAUAAAACAAGUUUAACUAAAUCCGUCUCAAUAGAAUCCGUAAAAUCCGAUAAAAGUGAUAAAGAUUUACCUACUGUUCUAAAAGAUGCACCAAAAAUGGAUAAAAUAUUAACUGAAAAAACAGAUUCCGUCAUUAGUGAAACUAAAGAUGAUACUAAGAAACUAACAACAACACAAAUUGAAAGUAAGGAAACGGUCACACAUGAAACAAUAACAGAAAAACAUAUAGCAGAAAAAACUGAUCUAAUUAAAUCUGACUCAAAAGAUUCAAUUAAAUCAACGAUAAGUGACAAAGAUGAAAUUAUCAAACAUGUUUUAGCUACUGACAAACCAACGACUGAUAAAACAGUUCUGACUAAAACUGAUUCAAAAGAAUCAAUUAAAUCUAUAAUUAGUGAUAAAGAUACUCAUGAAAUUUCGACAAUCGAAAAAGAUACUGAUAGACCAACGAGCGAUAAGACAAGUUUAACUAAAUCUGAAUCUUUGGAAUCUGUAAAAUCCGAUAAGAGCGAUAAAGGUUUAACCCCUGUUAUAAAAGAUGGAACAAAAUUAGAUAAAAUAAUAACCGAAAAAUCUGAUUCCAUCGUAAGUGAUACUAAAAAACUAAUAACGACACAAAUUGAAAGUAAGGAAACCACCACACAUGAAACAGUAACAGAAAAACAUACGGGGGAGAAAACCGAUCUAAUAAAAUCUGACUCUGUAGAAUCAAUAACAUCCGAUAAAAGUGAAAAAGAUACUUACAAACCUUCUAGUGAUAAAACAAGUUUAACUAAAUCCGUCUCAAUAGAAUCCGUAAAAUCCGAUAAAAGUGAUAAAGAUUUACCUACUGUUCUAAAAGAUGCACCAAAAAUGGAUAAAAUAUUAACUGAAAAAACAGAUUCCGUCAUUAGUGAAACUAAAGAUGAUACUAAGAAACUAACAACAACACAAAUUGAAAGUAAGGAAACGGUCACACAUGAAACAAUAACAGAAAAACAUAUAGCAGAAAAAACUGAUCUAAUUAAAUCUGACUCAAAAGAUUCAAUUAAAUCAACGAUAAGUGACAAAGAUGAAAUUAUCAAACAUGUUUUAGCUACUGACAAACCAACGACUGAUAAAACAGUUCUGACUAAAACUGAUUCAAAAGAAUCAAUUAAAUCUAUAAUUAGUGAUAAAGAUACUCAUGAAAUUUCGACAAUCGAAAAAGAUACUGAUAGACCAACGAGCGAUAAGACAAGUUUAACUAAAUCUGAAUCUUUGGAAUCUGUAAAAUCCGAUAAGAGCGAUAAAGGUUUAACCCCUGUUAUAAAAGAUGGAACAAAAUUAGAUAAAAUAAUAACCGAAAAAUCUGAUUCCAUCGUAAGUGAUACUAAAAAACUAAUAACGACACAAAUUGAAAGUAAGGAAACCACCACACAUGAAACAGUAACAGAAAAACAUACGGGGGAGAAAACCGAUCUAAUAAAAUCUGACUCUGUAGAAUCAAUAACAUCCGAUAAAAGUGAAAAAGAUACUUACAAACCUUCUAGUGAUAAAACAAGUUUAACUAAAUCCGUCUCAAUAGAAUCCGUAAAAUCCGAUAAAAGUGAUAAAGAUUUACCUACUGUUCUAAAAGAUGCACCAAAAAUGGAUAAAAUAUUAACUGAAAAAACAGAUUCCGUCAUUAGUGAAACUAAAGAUGAUACUAAGAAACUAACAACAACACAAAUUGAAAGUAAGGAAACGGUCACACAUGAAACAAUAACAGAAAAACAUAUAGCAGAAAAAACUGAUCUAAUUAAAUCUGACUCAAAAGAUUCAAUUAAAUCAACGAUAAGUGACAAAGAUGAAAUUAUCAAACAUGUUUUAGCUACUGACAAACCAACGACUGAUAAAACAGUUCUGACUAAAACUGAUUCAAAAGAAUCAAUUAAAUCUAUAAUUAGUGAUAAAGAUACUCAUGAAAUUUCGACAAUCGAAAAAGAUACUGAUAGACCAACGAGCGAUAAGACAAGUUUAACUAAAUCUGAAUCUUUGGAAUCUGUAAAAUCCGAUAAGAGCGAUAAAGGUUUAACCCCUGUUAUAAAAGAUGGAACAAAAUUAGAUAAAAUAAUAACCGAAAAAUCUGAUUCCAUCGUAAGUGAUACUAAAAAACUAAUAACGACACAAAUUGAAAGUAAGGAAACCACCACACAUGAAACAGUAACAGAAAAACAUACGGGGGAGAAAACCGAUCUAAUAAAAUCUGACUCUGUAGAAUCAAUAACAUCCGAUAAAAGUGAAAAAGAUACUUACAAACCUUCUAGUGAUAAAACAAGUUUAACUAAAUCCGUCUCAAUAGAAUCCGUAAAAUCCGAUAAAAGUGAUAAAGAUUUACCUACUGUUCUAAAAGAUGCACCAAAAAUGGAUAAAAUAUUAACUGAAAAAACAGAUUCCGUCAUUAGUGAAACUAAAGAUGAUACUAAGAAACUAACAACAACACAAAUUGAAAGUAAGGAAACGGUCACACAUGAAACAAUAACAGAAAAACAUAUAGCAGAAAAAACUGAUCUAAUUAAAUCUGACUCAAAAGAUUCAAUUAAAUCAACGAUAAGUGACAAAGAUGAAAUUAUCAAACAUGUUUUAGCUACUGACAAACCAACGACUGAUAAAACAGUUCUGACUAAAACUGAUUCAAAAGAAUCAAUUAAAUCUAUAAUUAGUGAUAAAGAUACUCAUGAAAUUUCGACAAUCGAAAAAGAUACUGAUAGACCAACGAGCGAUAAGACAAGUUUAACUAAAUCUGAAUCUUUGGAAUCUGUAAAAUCCGAUAAGAGCGAUAAAGGUUUAACCCCUGUUAUAAAAGAUGGAACAAAAUUAGAUAAAAUAAUAACCGAAAAAUCUGAUUCCAUCGUAAGUGAUACUAAAAAACUAAUAACGACACAAAUUGAAAGUAAGGAAACCACCACACAUGAAACAGUAACAGAAAAACAUACGGGGGAGAAAACCGAUCUAAUAAAAUCUGACUCUGUAGAAUCAAUAACAUCCGAUAAAAGUGAAAAAGAUACUUACAAACCUUCUAGUGAUAAAACAAGUUUAACUAAAUCCGUCUCAAUAGAAUCCGUAAAAUCCGAUAAAAGUGAUAAAGAUUUACCUACUGUUCUAAAAGAUGCACCAAAAAUGGAUAAAAUAUUAACUGAAAAAACAGAUUCCGUCAUUAGUGAAACUAAAGAUGAUACUAAGAAACUAACAACAACACAAAUUGAAAGUAAGGAAACGGUCACACAUGAAACAAUAACAGAAAAACAUAUAGCAGAAAAAACUGAUCUAAUUAAAUCUGACUCAAAAGAUUCAAUUAAAUCAACGAUAAGUGACAAAGAUGAAAUUAUCAAACAUGUUUUAGCUACUGACAAACCAACGACUGAUAAAACAGUUCUGACUAAAACUGAUUCAAAAGAAUCAAUUAAAUCUAUAAUUAGUGAUAAAGAUACUCAUGAAAUUUCGACAAUCGAAAAAGAUACUGAUAGACCAACGAGCGAUAAGACAAGUUUAACUAAAUCUGAAUCUUUGGAAUCUGUAAAAUCCGAUAAGAGCGAUAAAGGUUUAACCCCUGUUAUAAAAGAUGGAACAAAAUUAGAUAAAAUAAUAACCGAAAAAUCUGAUUCCAUCGUAAGUGAUACUAAAAAACUAAUAACGACACAAAUUGAAAGUAAGGAAACCACCACACAUGAAACAGUAACAGAAAAACAUACGGGGGAGAAAACCGAUCUAAUAAAAUCUGACUCUGUAGAAUCAAUAACAUCCGAUAAAAGUGAAAAAGAUACUUACAAACCUUCUAGUGAUAAAACAAGUUUAACUAAAUCCGUCUCAAUAGAAUCCGUAAAAUCCGAUAAAAGUGAUAAAGAUUUACCUACUGUUCUAAAAGAUGCACCAAAAAUGGAUAAAAUAUUAACUGAAAAAACAGAUUCCGUCAUUAGUGAAACUAAAGAUGAUACUAAGAAACUAACAACAACACAAAUUGAAAGUAAGGAAACGGUCACACAUGAAACAAUAACAGAAAAACAUAUAGCAGAAAAAACUGAUCUAAUUAAAUCUGACUCAAAAGAUUCAAUUAAAUCAACGAUAAGUGACAAAGAUGAAAUUAUCAAACAUGUUUUAGCUACUGACAAACCAACGACUGAUAAAACAGUUCUGACUAAAACUGAUUCAAAAGAAUCAAUUAAAUCUAUAAUUAGUGAUAAAGAUACUCAUGAAAUUUCGACAAUCGAAAAAGAUACUGAUAGACCAACGAGCGAUAAGACAAGUUUAACUAAAUCUGAAUCUUUGGAAUCUGUAAAAUCCGAUAAGAGCGAUAAAGGUUUAACCCCUGUUAUAAAAGAUGGAACAAAAUUAGAUAAAAUAAUAACCGAAAAAUCUGAUUCCAUCGUAAGUGAUACUAAAAAACUAAUAACGACACAAAUUGAAAGUAAGGAAACCACCACACAUGAAACAGUAACAGAAAAACAUACGGGGGAGAAAACCGAUCUAAUAAAAUCUGACUCUGUAGAAUCAAUAACAUCCGAUAAAAGUGAAAAAGAUACUUACAAACCUUCUAGUGAUAAAACAAGUUUAACUAAAUCCGUCUCAAUAGAAUCCGUAAAAUCCGAUAAAAGUGAUAAAGAUUUACCUACUGUUCUAAAAGAUGCACCAAAAAUGGAUAAAAUAUUAACUGAAAAAACAGAUUCCGUCAUUAGUGAAACUAAAGAUGAUACUAAGAAACUAACAACAACACAAAUUGAAAGUAAGGAAACGGUCACACAUGAAACAAUAACAGAAAAACAUAUAGCAGAAAAAACUGAUCUAAUUAAAUCUGACUCAAAAGAUUCAAUUAAAUCAACGAUAAGUGACAAAGAUGAAAUUAUCAAACAUGUUUUAGCUACUGACAAACCAACGACUGAUAAAACAGUUCUGACUAAAACUGAUUCAAAAGAAUCAAUUAAAUCUAUAAUUAGUGAUAAAGAUACUCAUGAAAUUUCGACAAUCGAAAAAGAUACUGAUAGACCAACGAGCGAUAAGACAAGUUUAACUAAAUCUGAAUCUUUGGAAUCUGUAAAAUCCGAUAAGAGCGAUAAAGGUUUAACCCCUGUUAUAAAAGAUGGAACAAAAUUAGAUAAAAUAAUAACCGAAAAAUCUGAUUCCAUCGUAAGUGAUACUAAAAAACUAAUAACGACACAAAUUGAAAGUAAGGAAACCACCACACAUGAAACAGUAACAGAAAAACAUACGGGGGAGAAAACCGAUCUAAUAAAAUCUGACUCUGUAGAAUCAAUAACAUCCGAUAAAAGUGAAAAAGAUACUUACAAACCUUCUAGUGAUAAAACAAGUUUAACUAAAUCCGUCUCAAUAGAAUCCGUAAAAUCCGAUAAAAGUGAUAAAGAUUUACCUACUGUUCUAAAAGAUGCACCAAAAAUGGAUAAAAUAUUAACUGAAAAAACAGAUUCCGUCAUUAGUGAAACUAAAGAUGAUACUAAGAAACUAACAACAACACAAAUUGAAAGUAAGGAAACGGUCACACAUGAAACAAUAACAGAAAAACAUAUAGCAGAAAAAACUGAUCUAAUUAAAUCUGACUCAAAAGAUUCAAUUAAAUCAACGAUAAGUGACAAAGAUGAAAUUAUCAAACAUGUUUUAGCUACUGACAAACCAACGACUGAUAAAACAGUUCUGACUAAAACUGAUUCAAAAGAAUCAAUUAAAUCUAUAAUUAGUGAUAAAGAUACUCAUGAAAUUUCGACAAUCGAAAAAGAUACUGAUAGACCAACGAGCGAUAAGACAAGUUUAACUAAAUCUGAAUCUUUGGAAUCUGUAAAAUCCGAUAAGGGCGAUAAAGGUUUAACCCCUGUUAUAAAAGAUGGAACAAAAUUAGAUAAAAUAAUAACCGAAAAAUCUGAUUCCAUCGUAAGUGAUACUAAAAAACUAAUAACGACACAAAUUGAAAGUAAGGAAACCACCACACAUGAAACAGUAACAGAAAAACAUACGGGGGAGAAAACCGAUCUAAUAAAAUCUGACUCUGUAGAAUCAAUAACAUCCGAUAAAAGUGAAAAAGAUACUUACAAACCUUCUAGUGAUAAAACAAGUUUAACUAAAUCCGUCUCAAUAGAAUCCGUAAAAUCCGAUAAAAGUGAUAAAGAUUUACCUACUGUUCUAAAAGAUGCACCAAAAAUGGAUAAAAUAUUAACUGAAAAAACAGAUUCCGUCAUUAGUGAAACUAAAGAUGAUACUAAGAAACUAACAACAACACAAAUUGAAAGUAAGGAAACGGUCACACAUGAAACAAUAACAGAAAAACAUAUAGCAGAAAAAACUGAUCUAAUUAAAUCUGACUCAAAAGAUUCAAUUAAAUCAACGAUAAGUGACAAAGAUGAAAUUAUCAAACAUGUUUUAGCUACUGACAAACCAACGACUGAUAAAACAGUUCUGACUAAAACUGAUUCAAAAGAAUCAAUUAAAUCUAUAAUUAGUGAUAAAGAUACUCAUGAAAUUUCGACAAUCGAAAAAGAUACUGAUAGACCAACGAGCGAUAAGACAAGUUUAACUAAAUCUGAAUCUUUGGAAUCUGUAAAAUCCGAUAAGAGCGAUAAAGGUUUAACCCCUGUUAUAAAAGAUGGAACAAAAUUAGAUAAAAUAAUAACCGAAAAAUCUGAUUCCAUCGUAAGUGAUACUAAAAAACUAAUAACGACACAAAUUGAAAAAUCAAUAACAUCCGAUAAAAGUGAAAAAGAUACUUACAAACCUUCUAGUGAUAAAACAAGUUUAACUAAAUCCGUCUCAAUAGAAUCCGUAAAAUCCGAUAAAAGUGAUAAAGAUUUACCUACUGUUCUAAAAGAUGCACCAAAAAUGGAUAAAAUAUUAACUGAAAAAACAGAUUCCGUCAUUAGUGAAACUAAAGAUGAUACUAAGAAACUAACAACAACACAAAUUGAAAGUAAGGAAACGGUCACACAUGAAACAAUAACAGAAAAACAUAUAGCAGAAAAAACUGAUCUAAUUAAAUCUGACUCAAAAGAUUCAAUUAAAUCAACGAUAAGUGACAAAGAUGAAAUUAUCAAACAUGUUUUAGCUACUGACAAACCAACGACUGAUAAAACAGUUCUGACUAAAACUGAUUCAAAAGAAUCAAUUAAAUCUAUAAUUAGUGAUAAAGAUACUCAUGAAAUUUCGACAAUCGAAAAAGAUACUGAUAGACCAACGAGCGAUAAGACAAGUUUAACUAAAUCUGAAUCUUUGGAAUCUGUAAAAUCCGAUAAGAGCGAUAAAGGUUUAACCCCUGUUAUAAAAGAUGGAACAAAAUUAGAUAAAAUAAUAACCGAAAAAUCUGAUUCCAUCGUAAGUGAUACUAAAAAACUAAUAACGACACAAAUUGAAAGUAAGGAAACCACCACACAUGAAACAGUAACAGAAAAACAUACGGGGGAGAAAACCGAUCUAAUAAAAUCUGACUCUGUAGAAUCAAUAACAUCCGAUAAAAGUGAAAAAGAUACUUACAAACCUUCUAGUGAUAAAACAUGUUUAACUAAAUCCGUCUCAAUAGAAUCCGUAAAAUCCGAUAAAAGUGAUAAAGAUUUACCUACUGUUCUAAAAGAUGCACCAAAAAUGGAUAAAAUAUUAACUGAAAAAACAGAUUCCGUCAUUAGUGAAACUAAAGAUGAUACUAAGAAACUAACAACAACACAAAUUGAAAGUAAGGAAACGGUCACACAUGAAACAAUAACAGAAAAACAUAUAGCAGAAAAAACUGAUCUAAUUAAAUCUGACUCAAAAGAUUCAAUUAAAUCAACGAUAAGUGACAAAGAUGAAAUUAUCAAACAUGUUUUAGCUACUGACAAACCAACGACUGAUAAAACAGUUCUGACUAAAACUGAUUCAAAAGAAUCAAUUAAAUCUAUAAUUAGUGAUAAAGAUACUCAUGAAAUUUCGACAAUCGAAAAAGAUACUGAUAGACCAACGAGCGAUAAGACAAGUUUAACUAAAUCUGAAUCUUUGGAAUCUGUAAAAUCCGAUAAGAGCGAUAAAGGUUUAACCCCUGUUAUAAAAGAUGGAACAAAAUUAGAUAAAAUAAUAACCGAAAAAUCUGAUUCCAUCGUAAGUGAUACUAAAAAACUAAUAACGACACAAAUUGAAAGUAAGGAAACCACCACACAUGAAACAGUAACAGAAAAACAUACGGGGGAGAAAACCGAUCUAAUAAAAUCUGACUCUGUAGAAUCAAUAACAUCCGAUAAAAGUGAAAAAGAUACUUACAAACCUUCUAGUGAUAAAACAAGUUUAACUAAAUCCGUCUCAAUAGAAUCCGUAAAAUCCGAUAAAAGUGAUAAAGAUUUACCUACUGUUCUAAAAGAUGCACCAAAAAUGGAUAAAAUAUUAACUGAAAAAACAGAUUCCGUCAUUAGUGAAACUAAAGAUGAUACUAAGAAACUAACAACAACACAAAUUGAAAGUAAGGAAACGGUCACACAUGAAACAAUAACAGAAAAACAUAUAGCAGAAAAAACUGAUCUAAUUAAAUCUGACUCAAAAGAUUCAAUUAAAUCAACGAUAAGUGACAAAGAUGAAAUUAUCAAACAUGUUUUAGCUACUGACAAACCAACGACUGAUAAAACAGUUCUGACUAAAACUGAUUCAAAAGAAUCAAUUAAAUCUAUAAUUAGUGAUAAAGAUACUCAUGAAAUUUCGACAAUCGAAAAAGAUACUGAUAGACCAACGAGCGAUAAGACAAGUUUAACUAAAUCUGAAUCUUUGGAAUCUGUAAAAUCCGAUAAGAGCGAUAAAGGUUUAACCCCUGUUAUAAAAGAUGGAACAAAAUUAGAUAAAAUAAUAACCGAAAAAUCUGAUUCCAUCGUAAGUGAUACUAAAAAACUAAUAACGACACAAAUUGAAAGUAAGGAAACCACCACACAUGAAACAGUAACAGAAAAACAUACGGGGGAGAAAACCGAUCUAAUAAAAUCUGACUCUGUAGAAUCAAUAACAUCCGAUAAAAGUGAAAAAGAUACUUACAAACCUUCUAGUGAUAAAACAAGUUUAACUAAAUCCGUCUCAAUAGAAUCCGUAAAAUCCGAUAAAAGUGAUAAAGAUUUACCUACUGUUCUAAAAGAUGCACCAAAAAUGGAUAAAAUAUUAACUGAAAAAACAGAUUCCGUCAUUAGUGAAACUAAAGAUGAUACUAAGAAACUAACAACAACACAAAUUGAAAGUAAGGAAACGGUCACACAUGAAACAAUAACAGAAAAACAUAUAGCAGAAAAAACUGAUCUAAUUAAAUCUGACUCAAAAGAUUCAAUUAAAUCAACGAUAAGUGACAAAGAUGAAAUUAUCAAACAUGUUUUAGCUACUGACAAACCAACGACUGAUAAAACAGUUCUGACUAAAACUGAUUCAAAAGAAUCAAUUAAAUCUAUAAUUAGUGAUAAAGAUACUCAUGAAAUUUCGACAAUCGAAAAAGAUACUGAUAGACCAACGAGCGAUAAGACAAGUUUAACUAAAUCUGAAUCUUUGGAAUCUGUAAAAUCCGAUAAGGGCGAUAAAGGUUUAACCCCUGUUAUAAAAGAUGGAACAAAAUUAGAUAAAAUAAUAACCGAAAAAUCUGAUUCCAUCGUAAGUGAUACUAAAAAACUAAUAACGACACAAAUUGAAAGUAAGGAAACCACCACACAUGAAACAGUAACAGAAAAACAUACGGGGGAGAAAACCGAUCUAAUAAAAUCUGACUCUGUAGAAUCAAUAACAUCCGAUAAAAGUGAAAAAGAUACUUACAAACCUUCUAGUGAUAAAACAAGUUUAACUAAAUCCGUCUCAAUAGAAUCCGUAAAAUCCGAUAAAAGUGAUAAAGAUUUACCUACUGUUCUAAAAGAUGCACCAAAAAUGGAUAAAAUAUUAACUGAAAAAACAGAUUCCGUCAUUAGUGAAACUAAAGAUGAUACUAAGAAACUAACAACAACACAAAUUGAAAGUAAGGAAACGGUCACACAUGAAACAAUAACAGAAAAACAUAUAGCAGAAAAAACUGAUCUAAUUAAAUCUGACUCAAAAGAUUCAAUUAAAUCAACGAUAAGUGACAAAGAUGAAAUUAUCAAACAUGUUUUAGCUACUGACAAACCAACGACUGAUAAAACAGUUCUGACUAAAACUGAUUCAAAAGAAUCAAUUAAAUCUAUAAUUAGUGAUAAAGAUACUCAUGAAAUUUCGACAAUCGAAAAAGAUACUGAUAGACCAACGAGCGAUAAGACAAGUUUAACUAAAUCUGAAUCUUUGGAAUCUGUAAAAUCCGAUAAGAGCGAUAAAGGUUUAACCCCUGUUAUAAAAGAUGGAACAAAAUUAGAUAAAAUAAUAACCGAAAAAUCUGAUUCCAUCGUAAGUGAUACUAAAAAACUAAUAACGACACAAAUUGAAAGUAAGGAAACCACCACACAUGAAACAGUAACAGAAAAACAUACGGGGGAGAAAACCGAUCUAAUAAAAUCUGACUCUGUAGAAUCAAUAACAUCCGAUAAAAGUGAAAAAGAUACUUACAAACCUUCUAGUGAUAAAACAUGUUUAACUAAAUCCGUCUCAAUAGAAUCCGUAAAAUCCGAUAAAAGUGAUAAAGAUUUACCUACUGUUCUAAAAGAUGCACCAAAAAUGGAUAAAAUAUUAACUGAAAAAACAGAUUCCGUCAUUAGUGAAACUAAAGAUGAUACUAAGAAACUAACAACAACACAAAUUGAAAGUAAGGAAACGGUCACACAUGAAACAAUAACAGAAAAACAUAUAGCAGAAAAAACUGAUCUAAUUAAAUCUGACUCAAAAGAUUCAAUUAAAUCAACGAUAAGUGACAAAGAUGAAAUUAUCAAACAUGUUUUAGCUACUGACAAACCAACGACUGAUAAAACAGUUCUGACUAAAACUGAUUCAAAAGAAUCAAUUAAAUCUAUAAUUAGUGAUAAAGAUACUCAUGAAAUUUCGACAAUCGAAAAAGAUACUGAUAGACCAACGAGCGAUAAGACAAGUUUAACUAAAUCUGAAUCUUUGGAAUCUGUAAAAUCCGAUAAGGGCGAUAAAGGUUUAACCCCUGUUAUAAAAGAUGGAACAAAAUUAGAUAAAAUAAUAACCGAAAAAUCUGAUUCCAUCGUAAGUGAUACUAAAAAACUAAUAACGACACAAAUUGAAAGUAAGGAAACCACCACACAUGAAACAGUAACAGAAAAACAUACGGGGGAGAAAACCGAUCUAAUAAAAUCUGACUCUGUAGAAUCAAUAACAUCCGAUAAAAGUGAAAAAGAUACUUACAAACCUUCUAGUGAUAAAACAAGUUUAACUAAAUCCGUCUCAAUAGAAUCCGUAAAAUCCGAUAAAAGUGAUAAAGAUUUACCUACUGUUCUAAAAGAUGCACCAAAAAUGGAUAAAAUAUUAACUGAAAAAACAGAUUCCGUCAUUAGUGAAACUAAAGAUGAUACUAAGAAACUAACAACAACACAAAUUGAAAGUAAGGAAACGGUCACACAUGAAACAAUAACAGAAAAACAUAUAGCAGAAAAAACUGAUCUAAUUAAAUCUGACUCAAAAGAUUCAAUUAAAUCAACGAUAAGUGACAAAGAUGAAAUUAUCAAACAUGUUUUAGCUACUGACAAACCAACGACUGAUAAAACAGUUCUGACUAAAACUGAUUCAAAAGAAUCAAUUAAAUCUAUAAUUAGUGAUAAAGAUACUCAUGAAAUUUCGACAAUCGAAAAAGAUACUGAUAGACCAACGAGCGAUAAGACAAGUUUAACUAAAUCUGAAUCUUUGGAAUCUGUAAAAUCCGAUAAGAGCGAUAAAGGUUUAACCCCUGUUAUAAAAGAUGGAACAAAAUUAGAUAAAAUAAUAACCGAAAAAUCUGAUUCCAUCGUAAGUGAUACUAAAAAACUAAUAACGACACAAAUUGAAAGUAAGGAAACCACCACACAUGAAACAGUAACAGAAAAACAUACGGGGGAGAAAACCGAUCUAAUAAAAUCUGACUCUGUAGAAUCAAUAACAUCCGAUAAAAGUGAAAAAGAUACUUACAAACCUUCUAGUGAUAAAACAAGUUUAACUAAAUCCGUCUCAAUAGAAUCCGUAAAAUCCGAUAAAAGUGAUAAAGAUUUACCUACUGUUCUAAAAGAUGCACCAAAAAUGGAUAAAAUAUUAACUGAAAAAACAGAUUCCGUCAUUAGUGAAACUAAAGAUGAUACUAAGAAACUAACAACAACACAAAUUGAAAGUAAGGAAACGGUCACACAUGAAACAAUAACAGAAAAACAUAUAGCAGAAAAAACUGAUCUAAUUAAAUCUGACUCAAAAGAUUCAAUUAAAUCAACGAUAAGUGACAAAGAUGAAAUUAUCAAACAUGUUUUAGCUACUGACAAACCAACGACUGAUAAAACAGUUCUGACUAAAACUGAUUCAAAAGAAUCAAUUAAAUCUAUAAUUAGUGAUAAAGAUACUCAUGAAAUUUCGACAAUCGAAAAAGAUACUGAUAGACCAACGAGCGAUAAGACAAGUUUAACUAAAUCUGAAUCUUUGGAAUCUGUAAAAUCCGAUAAGAGCGAUAAAGGUUUAACCCCUGUUAUAAAAGAUGGAACAAAAUUAGAUAAAAUAAUAACCGAAAAAUCUGAUUCCAUCGUAAGUGAUACUAAAAAACUAAUAACGACACAAAUUGAAAGUAAGGAAACCACCACACAUGAAACAGUAACAGAAAAACAUACGGGGGAGAAAACCGAUCUAAUAAAAUCUGACUCUGUAGAAUCAAUAACAUCCGAUAAAAGUGAAAAAGAUACUUACAAACCUUCUAGUGAUAAAACAAGUUUAACUAAAUCCGUCUCAAUAGAAUCCGUAAAAUCCGAUAAAAGUGAUAAAGAUUUACCUACUGUUCUAAAAGAUGCACCAAAAAUGGAUAAAAUAUUAACUGAAAAAACAGAUUCCGUCAUUAGUGAAACUAAAGAUGAUACUAAGAAACUAACAACAACACAAAUUGAAAGUAAGGAAACGGUCACACAUGAAACAAUAACAGAAAAACAUAUAGCAGAAAAAACUGAUCUAAUUAAAUCUGACUCAAAAGAUUCAAUUAAAUCAACGAUAAGUGACAAAGAUGAAAUUAUCAAACAUGUUUUAGCUACUGACAAACCAACGACUGAUAAAACAGUUCUGACUAAAACUGAUUCAAAAGAAUCAAUUAAAUCUAUAAUUAGUGAUAAAGAUACUCAUGAAAUUUCGACAAUCGAAAAAAAUACUGAUAGACCAACGAGCGAUAAGACAAGUUUAACUAAAUCUGAAUCUUUGGAAUCUGUAAAAUCCGAUAAGAGCGAUAAAGGUUUAACCCCUGUUAUAAAAGAUGGAACAAAAUUAGAUAAAAUAAUAACCGAAAAAUCUGAUUCCAUCGUAAGUGAUACUAAAAAACUAAUAACGACACAAAUUGAAAGUAAGGAAACCACCACACAUGAAACAGUAACAGAAAAACAUACGGGGGAGAAAACCGAUCUAAUAAAAUCUGACUCUGUAGAAUCAAUAACAUCCGAUAAAAGUGAAAAAGAUACUUACAAACCUUCUAGUGAUAAAACAAGUUUAACUAAAUCCGUCUCAAUAGAAUCCGUAAAAUCCGAUAAAAGUGAUAAAGAUUUACCUACUGUUCUAAAAGAUGCACCAAAAAUGGAUAAAAUAUUAACUGAAAAAACAGAUUCCGUCAUUAGUGAAACUAAAGAUGAUACUAAGAAACUAACAACAACACAAAUUGAAAGUAAGGAAACGGUCACACAUGAAACAAUAACAGAAAAACAUAUAGCAGAAAAAACUGAUCUAAUUAAAUCUGACUCAAAAGAUUCAAUUAAAUCAACGAUAAGUGACAAAGAUGAAAUUAUCAAACAUGUUUUAGCUACUGACAAACCAACGACUGAUAAAACAGUUCUGACUAAAACUGAUUCAAAAGAAUCAAUUAAAUCUAUAAUUAGUGAUAAAGAUACUCAUGAAAUUUCGACAAUCGAAAAAGAUACUGAUAGACCAACGAGCGAUAAGACAAGUUUAACUAAAUCUGAAUCUUUGGAAUCUGUAAAAUCCGAUAAGAGCGAUAAAGGUUUAACCCCUGUUAUAAAAGAUGGAACAAAAUUAGAUAAAAUAAUAACCGAAAAAUCUGAUUCCAUCGUAAGUGAUACUAAAAAACUAAUAACGACACAAAUUGAAAGUAAGGAAACCACCACACAUGAAACAGUAACAGAAAAACAUACGGGGGAGAAAACCGAUCUAAUAAAAUCUGACUCUGUAGAAUCAAUAACAUCCGAUAAAAGUGAAAAAGAUACUUACAAACCUUCUAGUGAUAAAACAAGUUUAACUAAAUCCGUCUCAAUAGAAUCCGUAAAAUCCGAUAAAAGUGAUAAAGAUUUACCUACUGUUCUAAAAGAUGCACCAAAAAUGGAUAAAAUAUUAACUGAAAAAACAGAUUCCGUCAUUAGUGAAACUAAAGAUGAUACUAAGAAACUAACAACAACACAAAUUGAAAGUAAGGAAACGGUCACACAUGAAACAAUAACAGAAAAACAUAUAGCAGAAAAAACUGAUCUAAUUAAAUCUGACUCAAAAGAUUCAAUUAAAUCAACGAUAAGUGACAAAGAUGAAAUUAUCAAACAUGUUUUAGCUACUGACAAACCAACGACUGAUAAAACAGUUCUGACUAAAACUGAUUCAAAAGAAUCAAUUAAAUCUAUAAUUAGUGAUAAAGAUACUCAUGAAAUUUCGACAAUCGAAAAAGAUACUGAUAGACCAACGAGCGAUAAGACAAGUUUAACUAAAUCUGAAUCUUUGGAAUCUGUAAAAUCCGAUAAGAGCGAUAAAGGUUUAACCCCUGUUAUAAAAGAUGGAACAAAAUUAGAUAAAAUAAUAACCGAAAAAUCUGAUUCCAUCGUAAGUGAUACUAAAAAACUAAUAACGACACAAAUUGAAAGUAAGGAAACCACCACACAUGAAACAGUAACAGAAAAACAUACGGGGGAGAAAACCGAUCUAAUAAAAUCUGACUCUGUAGAAUCAAUAACAUCCGAUAAAAGUGAAAAAGAUACUUACAAACCUUCUAGUGAUAAAACAAGUUUAACUAAAUCCGUCUCAAUAGAAUCCGUAAAAUCCGAUAAAAGUGAUAAAGAUUUACCUACUGUUCUAAAAGAUGCACCAAAAAUGGAUAAAAUAUUAACUGAAAAAACAGAUUCCGUCAUUAGUGAAACUAAAGAUGAUACUAAGAAACUAACAACAACACAAAUUGAAAGUAAGGAAACGGUCACACAUGAAACAAUAACAGAAAAACAUAUAGCAGAAAAAACUGAUCUAAUUAAAUCUGACUCAAAAGAUUCAAUUAAAUCAACGAUAAGUGACAAAGAUGAAAUUAUCAAACAUGUUUUAGCUACUGACAAACCAACGACUGAUAAAACAGUUCUGACUAAAACUGAUUCAAAAGAAUCAAUUAAAUCUAUAAUUAGUGAUAAAGAUACUCAUGAAAUUUCGACAAUCGAAAAAGAUACUGAUAGACCAACGAGCGAUAAGACAAGUUUAACUAAAUCUGAAUCUUUGGAAUCUGUAAAAUCCGAUAAGGGCGAUAAAGGUUUAACCCCUGUUAUAAAAGAUGGAACAAAAUUAGAUAAAAUAAUAACCGAAAAAUCUGAUUCCAUCGUAAGUGAUACUAAAAAACUAAUAACGACACAAAUUGAAAGUAAGGAAACCACCACACAUGAAACAGUAACAGAAAAACAUACGGGGGAGAAAACCGAUCUAAUAAAAUCUGACUCUGUAGAAUCAAUAACAUCCGAUAAAAGUGAAAAAGAUACUUACAAACCUUCUAGUGAUAAAACAAGUUUAACUAAAUCCGUCUCAAUAGAAUCCGUAAAAUCCGAUAAAAGUGAUAAAGAUUUACCUACUGUUCUAAAAGAUGCACCAAAAAUGGAUAAAAUAUUAACUGAAAAAACAGAUUCCGUCAUUAGUGAAACUAAAGAUGAUACUAAGAAACUAACAACAACACAAAUUGAAAGUAAGGAAACGGUCACACAUGAAACAAUAACAGAAAAACAUAUAGCAGAAAAAACUGAUCUAAUUAAAUCUGACUCAAAAGAUUCAAUUAAAUCAACGAUAAGUGACAAAGAUGAAAUUAUCAAACAUGUUUUAGCUACUGACAAACCAACGACUGAUAAAACAGUUCUGACUAAAACUGAUUCAAAAGAAUCAAUUAAAUCUAUAAUUAGUGAUAAAGAUACUCAUGAAAUUUCGACAAUCGAAAAAGAUACUGAUAGACCAACGAGCGAUAAGACAAGUUUAACUAAAUCUGAAUCUUUGGAAUCUGUAAAAUCCGAUAAGAGCGAUAAAGGUUUAACCCCUGUUAUAAAAGAUGGAACAAAAUUAGAUAAAAUAAUAACCGAAAAAUCUGAUUCCAUCGUAAGUGAUACUAAAAAACUAAUAACGACACAAAUUGAAAGUAAGGAAACCACCACACAUGAAACAGUAACAGAAAAACAUACGGGGGAGAAAACCGAUCUAAUAAAAUCUGACUCUGUAGAAUCAAUAACAUCCGAUAAAAGUGAAAAAGAUACUUACAAACCUUCUAGUGAUAAAACAAGUUUAACUAAAUCCGUCUCAAUAGAAUCCGUAAAAUCCGAUAAAAGUGAUAAAGAUUUACCUACUGUUCUAAAAGAUGCACCAAAAAUGGAUAAAAUAUUAACUGAAAAAACAGAUUCCGUCAUUAGUGAAACUAAAGAUGAUACUAAGAAACUAACAACAACACAAAUUGAAAGUAAGGAAACGGUCACACAUGAAACAAUAACAGAAAAACAUAUAGCAGAAAAAACUGAUCUAAUUAAAUCUGACUCAAAAGAUUCAAUUAAAUCAACGAUAAGUGACAAAGAUGAAAUUAUCAAACAUGUUUUAGCUACUGACAAACCAACGACUGAUAAAACAGUUCUGACUAAAACUGAUUCAAAAGAAUCAAUUAAAUCUAUAAUUAGUGAUAAAGAUACUCAUGAAAUUUCGACAAUCGAAAAAGAUACUGAUAGACCAACGAGCGAUAAGACAAGUUUAACUAAAUCUGAAUCUUUGGAAUCUGUAAAAUCCGAUAAGAGCGAUAAAGGUUUAACCCCUGUUAUAAAAGAUGGAACAAAAUUAGAUAAAAUAAUAACCGAAAAAUCUGAUUCCAUCGUAAGUGAUACUAAAAAACUAAUAACGACACAAAUUGAAAGUAAGGAAACCACCACACAUGAAACAGUAACAGAAAAACAUACGGGGGAGAAAACCGAUCUAAUAAAAUCUGACUCUGUAGAAUCAAUAACAUCCGAUAAAAGUGAAAAAGAUACUUACAAACCUUCUAGUGAUAAAACAAGUUUAACUAAAUCCGUCUCAAUAGAAUCCGUAAAAUCCGAUAAAAGUGAUAAAGAUUUACCUACUGUUCUAAAAGAUGCACCAAAAAUGGAUAAAAUAUUAACUGAAAAAACAGAUUCCGUCAUUAGUGAAACUAAAGAUGAUACUAAGAAACUAACAACAACACAAAUUGAAAGUAAGGAAACGGUCACACAUGAAACAAUAACAGAAAAACAUAUAGCAGAAAAAACUGAUCUAAUUAAAUCUGACUCAAAAGAUUCAAUUAAAUCAACGAUAAGUGACAAAGAUGAAAUUAUCAAACAUGUUUUAGCUACUGACAAACCAACGACUGAUAAAACAGUUCUGACUAAAACUGAUUCAAAAGAAUCAAUUAAAUCUAUAAUUAGUGAUAAAGAUACUCAUGAAAUUUCGACAAUCGAAAAAGAUACUGAUAGACCAACGAGCGAUAAGACAAGUUUAACUAAAUCUGAAUCUUUGGAAUCUGUAAAAUCCGAUAAGAGCGAUAAAGGUUUAACCCCUGUUAUAAAAGAUGGAACAAAAUUAGAUAAAAUAAUAACCGAAAAAUCUGAUUCCAUCGUAAGUGAUACUAAAAAACUAAUAACGACACAAAUUGAAAGUAAGGAAACCACCACACAUGAAACAGUAACAGAAAAACAUACGGGGGAGAAAACCGAUCUAAUAAAAUCUGACUCUGUAGAAUCAAUAACAUCCGAUAAAAGUGAAAAAGAUACUUACAAACCUUCUAGUGAUAAAACAAGUUUAACUAAAUCCGUCUCAAUAGAAUCCGUAAAAUCCGAUAAAAGUGAUAAAGAUUUACCUACUGUUCUAAAAGAUGCACCAAAAAUGGAUAAAAUAUUAACUGAAAAAACAGAUUCCGUCAUUAGUGAAACUAAAGAUGAUACUAAGAAACUAACAACAACACAAAUUGAAAGUAAGGAAACGGUCACACAUGAAACAAUAACAGAAAAACAUAUAGCAGAAAAAACUGAUCUAAUUAAAUCUGACUCAAAAGAUUCAAUUAAAUCAACGAUAAGUGACAAAGAUGAAAUUAUCAAACAUGUUUUAGCUACUGACAAACCAACGACUGAUAAAACAGUUCUGACUAAAACUGAUUCAAAAGAAUCAAUUAAAUCUAUAAUUAGUGAUAAAGAUACUCAUGAAAUUUCGACAAUCGAAAAAGAUACUGAUAGACCAACGAGCGAUAAGACAAGUUUAACUAAAUCUGAAUCUUUGGAAUCUGUAAAAUCCGAUAAGAGCGAUAAAGGUUUAACCCCUGUUAUAAAAGAUGGAACAAAAUUAGAUAAAAUAAUAACCGAAAAAUCUGAUUCCAUCGUAAGUGAUACUAAAAAACUAAUAACGACACAAAUUGAAAGUAAGGAAACCACCACACAUGAAACAGUAACAGAAAAACAUACGGGGGAGAAAACCGAUCUAAUAAAAUCUGACUCUGUAGAAUCAAUAACAUCCGAUAAAAGUGAAAAAGAUACUUACAAACCUUCUAGUGAUAAAACAAGUUUAACUAAAUCCGUCUCAAUAGAAUCCGUAAAAUCCGAUAAAAGUGAUAAAGAUUUACCUACUGUUCUAAAAGAUGCACCAAAAAUGGAUAAAAUAUUAACUGAAAAAACAGAUUCCGUCAUUAGUGAAACUAAAGAUGAUACUAAGAAACUAACAACAACACAAAUUGAAAGUAAGGAAACGGUCACACAUGAAACAAUAACAGAAAAACAUAUAGCAGAAAAAACUGAUCUAAUUAAAUCUGACUCAAAAGAUUCAAUUAAAUCAACGAUAAGUGACAAAGAUGAAAUUAUCAAACAUGUUUUAGCUACUGACAAACCAACGACUGAUAAAACAGUUCUGACUAAAACUGAUUCAAAAGAAUCAAUUAAAUCUAUAAUUAGUAAUAAAGAUACUCAUGAAAUUUCGACAAUCGAAAAAGAUACUGAUAGACCAACGAGCGAUAAGACAAGUUUAACUAAAUCUGAAUCUUUGGAAUCUGUAAAAUCCGAUAAGAGCGAUAAAGGUUUAACCCCUGUUAUAAAAGAUGGAACAAAAUUAGAUAAAAUAAUAACCGAAAAAUCUGAUUCCAUCGUAAGUGAUACUAAAAAACUAAUAACGACACAAAUUGAAAGUAAGGAAACCACCACACAUGAAACAGUAACAGAAAAACAUACGGGGGAGAAAACCGAUCUAAUAAAAUCUGACUCUGUAGAAUCAAUAACAUCCGAUAAAAGUGAAAAAGAUACUUACAAACCUUCUAGUGAUAAAACAAGUUUAACUAAAUCCGUCUCAAUAGAAUCCGUAAAAUCCGAUAAAAGUGAUAAAGAUUUACCCACUGUUCUAAAAGAUGCACCAAAAAUGGAUAAAAUAUUAACUGAAAAAACAGAUUCCGUCAUUAGUGAAACUAAAGAUGAUACUAAGAAACUAACAACAACACAAAUUGAAAGUAAGGAAACGGUCACACAUGAAACAAUAACAGAAAAACAUAUAGCAGAAAAAACUGAUCUAAUUAAAUCUGACUCAAAAGAUUCAAUUAAAUCAACGAUAAGUGACAAAGAUGAAAUUAUCAAACAUGUUUUAGCUACUGACAAACCAACGACUGAUAAAACAGUUCUGACUAAAACUGAUUCAAAAGAAUCAAUUAAAUCUAUAAUUAGUGAUAAAGAUACUCAUGAAAUUUCGACAAUCGAAAAAGAUACUGAUAGACCAACGAGCGAUAAGACAAGUUUAACUAAAUCUGAAUCGUUGGAAUCUGUAAAAUCCAAUAAGAGCGAUAAAGGUUUAACCCCUGUUAUAAAAGAUGGAACAAAAUUAGAUAAAAUAAUAACCGAAAAAUCUGAUUCCAUCGUAAGUGAUACUAAAAAACUAAUAACGACACAAAUUGAAAGUAAGGAAACCACCACACAUGAAACAGUAACAGAAAAACAUACGGGGGAGAAAACCGAUCUAAUAAAAUCUGACUCUGUAGAAUCAAUAACAUCCGAUAAAAGUGAAAAAGAUACUUACAAACCUUCUAGUGAUAAAACAUGUUUAACUAAAUCCGUCUCAAUAGAAUCCGUAAAAUCCGAUAAAAGUGAUAAAGAUUUACCUACUGUUCUAAAAGAUGCACCAAAAAUGGAUAAAAUAUUAACUGAAAAAACAGAUUCCGUCAUUAGUGAAACUAAAGAUGAUACUAAGAAACUAACAACAACACAAAUUGAAAGUAAGGAAACGGUCACACAUGAAACAAUAACAGAAAAACAUAUAGCAGAAAAAACUGAUCUAAUUAAAUCUGACUCAAAAGAUUCAAUUAAAUCAACGAUAAGUGACAGAGAUGAAAUUAUCAAACAUGUUUUAGCUACUGACAAACCAACGACUGAUAAAACAGUUCUGACUAAAACUGAUUCAAAAGAAUCAAUUAAAUCUAUAAUUAGUGAUAAAGAUACUCAUGAAAUUUCGACAAUCGAAAAAGAUACUGAUAGACCAACGAGCGAUAAGACAAGUUUAACUAAAUCUGAAUCUUUGGAAUCUGUAAAAUCCGAUAAGGGCGAUAAAGGUUUAACCCCUGUUAUAAAAGAUGGAACAAAAUUAGAUAAAAUAAUAACCGAAAAAUCUGAUUCCAUCGUAAGUGAUACUAAAAAACUAAUAACGACACAAAUUGAAAAAUCAAUAACAUCCGAUAAAAGUGAAAAAGAUACUUACAAACCUUCUAGUGAUAAAACAAGUUUAACUAAAUCCGUCUCAAUAGAAUCCGUAAAAUCAGAUAAAAGUGAUAAAGAUUUACCUACUGUUCUAAAAGAUGCACCAAAAAUGGAUAAAAUAUUAACUGAAAAAACAGAUUCCGUCAUUAGUGAAACUAAAGAUGAUACUAAGAAACUAACAACAACACAAAUUGAAAGUAAGGAAACGGUCACACAUGAAACAAUAACAGAAAAACAUAUAGCAGAAAAAACUGAUCUAAUUAAAUCUGACUCAAAAGAUUCAAUUAAAUCAACGAUAAGUGACAAAGUUGAAAUUAUCAAACAUGUUUUAGCUACUGACAAACCAACGACUGAUAAAACAGUUCUGACUAAAACUGAUUCAAAAGAAUCAAUUAAAUCUAUAAUUAGUGAUAAAGAUACUCAUGAAAUUUCGACAAUCGAAAAAGAUACUGAUAGACCAACGAGCGAUAAGACAAGUUUAACUAAAUCUGAAUCGUUGGAAUCUGUAAAAUCCGAUAAGAGCGACAAAGGUUUAACCCCUGUUAUAAGAGAUGGAACAAAAUUAGAUAAAAUAAUAACCGAAAAAUCUGAUUCCAUCGUAAGUGAUACUAAAAAACUAAUAACGACACAAAUUGAAAGUAAGGAAACCACCACACAUGAAAGAGUAACAGAAAAACAUACGGGGGAGAAAACCGAUCUAAUAAAAUCUGACUCUGUAGAAUCAAUAACAUCCGAUAAAAGUGAAAAAGAUACUUACAAACCUUCUAGUGAUAAAACAAUUUUAACUAAAUCCGUCUCAAUAAAAUCCGUAAAAUCCGAUAAAAGUGAUAAAGAUUUACCUACUGUUCUAAAAGAUCCCAAACUUGACUCUAACUCUGACAAUCCUGAUUCUUUCAUUUUAUCAGAUGAUACUUUUUUUAAUGACUUUAUUUCUGAAAAGUUUAUUGAUUUUAGUGUGAGAUCAAGUGAUAAUAUAAAAAUCGUCAGUUCACUGGAUAAUUUGAAAAAUGAAUUAGAAAUUUCUGACUUAACUAAUGUAGAAAACUCUUAUAGUGCUUUCCUAUAUGAAACUGAAAAUGUUAUUUUUGAAAAUAUGUCAGAAAAAACAAACCCAACUGUUGAUAUUUUGACUGAUAAUAAUAUUUAUGUUCCAACUCACAUAUUGAGUAAGCAGAAUGAGGAUACUUCCGUUUUAAUUAAAGAUGAAAAUAGUUGCCCUGGGUUAAAUCGUUUUAAUAAUUUGGAAGUUGAUACUUUAACAUCAGUUGGUAUAUAUAAAUCCUCAAAUGAACUUAAUGAUUCUUCUAUUGAAAAGUCUAAUUUUGAAUUAAGUGAAAGUUUGUGUGAAUUUAUGAAUGUGACAUCUACAACUUUAGGUCAUUUUGAAUUUGAUCACAGUUUGAACGAAUCUGAUCAUGUCGAUAAUACAUCAAAGUGUGAAAAUGUUAGUUUAGUGCAUGAUACUGGUUUCGAUGACACUGAAUCAAGUAAAGAAGGUAUUGAAAAUAGUUUGAAAUAUCAUAAACUGAAAAAUAUUGAUAUUCGUGAGAAUUACAACAUGGGUAUUACAUCUCAAACUGAUCAUGGUGUGCUUUCAAAUAAUUCAACCAACGCGUCUAAUAAAUUUGAUGUAAUUUUAAGUAGUACAAAUGAAGAAAAUGUAAUUAAAAAAUCGUAUGGAAUUCGAAGAACAGAUAUUACAAAAUCAGGGUUCAGUUCUUCUAAGAAAACAAAAGAUUUAGGUAGUUUUAAAAAUGACUUUAUGAAAAAAGAUACCAAAUCAAAUGAAAUUAUCAAACCUGAAACUAUUGGUGUUAUGCGCAGUUCUUCAUUACGCUCAAAUACAUCUACAAUAUCUAAAUCAUAUACUUCAUCUAAUAAAUCUAAAGUUAUGAGAUCUGAAAGUACAAAGACUGUUAGUUCCUCUUUCGAAUCUAAAACAUCGAUACAAAAUGUUAGUGCAUCGAGCCAAAGUAGAAGUGUCAGCAACAAAUCCAAUUUAAUCAGGUCAUCAAACAGCUUAAGAACAAAGGCUGAUACAGAAUUGAAAGAUUUCAGAUCAUUGGACUCAACUAAAAAAAUUACACGAAAUCUCGUAUCAUCUUCUGCAUCUGAAUUUGAAACCACGAAUAACCGUGAACACAAAUCUUUCAUAUCUAAAACUCAUUCUUCAAAGCAGUCUCUUACAAAAAAAACAAUUAAUGUCCGUCAAGAAUUUAAUACUGAAAGUAAAAACAACCAAACAUUACGCGAAAAUAUAACUUCAGUAAAAGUUGAUACUUUAGCUAAAGUAUCAAAUGAAUCAUCAACUAAAUCAUCAACUAAAUCAAUGACUACGGUGAAUAAAAAAAACUUUUCAAAAAUUGAACACAUUUCAAGUACUAAACGGGUAGAUUCAAAACGUUCAUCAAGUAAUAUUUCAACAAAGAUUAUACAUCCACUUGAAUCACAAGAUAAAAAUACCAAGCUAUUGGUAGCAAAUAGAACAUUAAUUAAAAAAUUGAAAAAACCAGAAUUAGAAAAAUACCAUAAAACAACUGUAAAUGAAAAAUUAAAAAAUAAACAGGUUGUAGAAGUACCUGAAACAUCUUCCAAAUCUAAAGUUAAAAGUUAUAUGGCGUCUACUGAAUCCCGUAAUAGAAAAGUAGAAAAUAUUUCUCAUGCUCACAGUAAAACAUCUGAUGUUUCAACUAAAUAUCAACGUAUAAUAUCAGAUAAACAAAAAAAAAUUCCCACGUCCCCAUCAAGAAUACCUAUUAAAGACAAUUCAAGUAAAACACCAAUUAAAAAGAAUUUAUCACUUUUGGAUACACGAUCUUCAUCUGUUUCGGAUCCAAGAGUAUUAAGUGCACCAUCACAAAGAAGUGGUUUUGACUUUAUGUCUUCGCCUAGAAAAAUAAGUCCAACAUCAUUACCAGUAAGUCCGGCUCACAGAUGUUUAAAGGCUGAUAAAAAAAUCAGUUCAGUGUUAAUUACAUCAGAAGUCUUCUCAAGAUCCUCAGAUCGUGCAUCAUCUGUAGAAUUAGUAUAUGAGCAACCAAAACGUUCUCCUUGUUCAUCAAUGUCCGAACAACAGCCUGCUUCUGUAACAGAAUCAGUAUCAUUAGAUGACGAGGAAACUACUCAUUCUUCAACCUCAGACACCAAUCGAGAUUCCGAGAUAAGCUCAAACAUUUUUGACGAUUCAUCAAUAGAGUUGAAUUUAGUUUUGGGGAAACCAAAUCAAUUUUUACUAUCUGAUGAAAUGUCAGAAGAAAGCAAGAAAAGCUUACCCCAGAUCGCAAUAACUGCUUAUGAGUCCAAUGAGGAAGAUAUUGAAGUAACAAAUCUAUUAAAUGGAGUAAAUGAGGAAAAUAAUGUUAAGAUACAUGAACCACGAUCAGUUUCUCCCAAACCAAUCAGACAUAAGUCAAGAAUUAUAUUGAAAUCCCCCAUAACUACACAUUUACAAAAGUCACUUUCUCCUGGUUUGUCGGAUUUGAAUAGCUGUACAGAUGUUGAAGUUAUGUCAGAUUCAGAUGAGGAAAAGUACUAUAUUCGAACUCCUAAUCUUACACCCGGUCCUAUAGAUUAUUUCAUUCUAACAGAUAUCGAAGAUUUAAGUGAAGAUGAAGGAUAUGAAAAAAACAAUAAGGUUAUAGAUGAACUUACUGAUACUGAACAUUUCACAGAUGAUAAAGGGAUAAUUAAUGAAGUUGAAUACACCGAACAACCUUUAGAAUCAAUGCCCUAUUUUCCCCAGCCACACAGAGAAAUUUUAUUUCACUCAAAAGAUGGAACAGUACGUGCAUUAUCGCCAACGGAAGAAUCAAACCCUAUUUGGCUCAAAUCUCCUAACGAAGAAGUUAAAGGCUUUGAAUCCGAGGAAGAAAUUAUAACAGUUGAAGAACAUGGAGAUACAGAAUCGUAUAUUAAAAACAAUAAUAAUACAUAUUACCAUGAUAUAGAUGUAGGCGUAGUGGAAUCUGUAGAAACUGUUAAACAAGAUCGAUAUAAACAUAAAUAUAGAAAUCGAGUAUUAACAUCAAAAAAAAAUAUAACACCUGAAGCAGAAUGUGGUAAAAAACGAUAUCGAAAUAAAAACCGGUGUAAUUCAGAGAUUGAAGAAAGUUUUGAAAACCGUUCUGAAGAAAACAAGAAAAAAACAUUAUCAAAAUUCAUGUCAGAACCCACUCUCAGCAAUGUUACCAUUCCUAAACAAAAUCAAAAUAUGAAGACAAAUAAAAUCAACAACCAAGAAAAUAAUAAUACAUUUGUGAUACAUGACAACAGAAAUGGUUUUAGCAUUUCUAUAGACUUUCAAAGCCAGAAUUCGGUAUUAUUAAGCGUUGGUAGGGAUUACGGAAAUUUAUCAAUGAGAUGGUUUAAUGAUGGAAUAACGACAGGUAGGGCCAUAUGGGAUUAUAAUAAUGACAAUAUUUUAGAGCCAUUAGAACCAGGGUAUAUUAUUAAAAGUAGCUUAUAUGAUCCAAAACGACAAUUUGAAGUAGAUUUAUUUACAUAUGGAACAGUUAAAACCUUUCAAAAUAGAUAUUUUACGUAUAUUGCUGUAUAUACUGUCGUUCAACCAGUAAGCAUAGUUCAGUUAUAUAUAAAUAGACCAUUACAAACACAAAUUACAAUGGUCAAAAAUCCUCUGGUAAAAGUAUACUCCCUAAAAGACAAAUUUACAAGUGUAGAAAGAUUACACCCUUCACCUGUAACACGACUAUCAGCAUUCAAAAUAUUUAACCAAAAACAAACAAAAAAAAACACUGAGCAGAAGAAAAUUAAUUUUGAACCUACAAAACAUGUCUCUGAUGUAAUAAAUAUUUUUGAAAGCAUGUGCGGUAGUCCAAAAUUGAGACGAAAAUUCAAUUUCAAACAAUUAUCAAAUUUGAAUAGUAACAUAAAGAUAUGUGAUUUAAAUCAAAAAUAUAACUGUAUAUGUAUCAAAAAAAUAUCAAAAAUAGGGGAUGAAGCCAAUCAAACUCAACAACAAAAUGCAAAGUCUAUAGAUAAUUCUGCAAUUACCCAUAGUAGAGAAGAACUAGCAAAAUUAGUAAAAGCUGUAGAAAUUUUGGAAAAUAAAGUAGAAAAACAAGAACAUUUAACAAAUGAUUUUCAAACCGGAAAAUCCGAAUCUGAAAGCUCAUCUGAUGGAGUCAGUAGCUUAGACAAUGUUCAAAAAAGGAUUUAUCGACUAUUAAAUGAUGUUCAUAAUCAAGAAAACCAAGUACGACAUUCGUUAAGUGAUAUAAUGCAAAAAAUAAACCAUUGUGGAUUUCCAAAAACCAAUAACAUACAGGAAAUUCAAGGACCAAGUUUCCGUGGCAAUUUUAAUACGGCGAGUUUACCAUACAGAUGGUGGAAUAGAUCCAUGCCUUGUUUGCCAUUGUCAGAACGACAUAUAUUUUUAUCUGGUUCACAAGACUCAUUGUCUGAAUCAUUUCAAAUAUGUUAUUUUACUCCCAAGAAGAAAAAAAAAUCCGUAUCAAGAAUGUCAAAGAAUCAAAAUUCUGGUUAUUGUAUAUGGCUACCACACAACAAAACAGAAAACGAUCGUACUCAAAUAAGACCAUUAAUGGUUAGAACUCCGUCAGAGAAUACUGUACCCGACGAUUAUGAACACUUAGAUGAAUGGAAACCGGUUGAUUAUUCAAAAAUAUCUCCAGAUACUGUACAAGAAAAGUUAAAGACAAUGUUAAGUGAUCCUGGUAACCACGAUGAAACUCUUACUAACUUGCUUAUUGAUAUGUUAAUUGAACAAGAAACCGCUAAAUUAGCAGCUUCCGGAGAAUUAUCUUCCGGAUCUUCUGAUUCAGAUCCUCAUGAAACUCGAGAUGUUGAACAAUUAUCAGAUUGUCCUUCUCCUAUCCCAAUAAUAUCCUCUCCAAAAAUUCGCAGAAAUGGAGUUGGUGGUUCUCAAAGACUAUCAGUACACCAAAGACCAACGUUUAGAGAAAUUAACAAAGAUGAUAGUGAAUCUGAUAAUGAUAAUGAAUACAUAGUAACCGAACCUCCAGAGAAAUUACCCGGUAGAAAAGUUACAUUUCGAUUAGAAUCAGAGGAUGAUGAAAUUGUUUACCCAGGCCAAAGUGACAGUGAAAAUGAUUUAGAAGACUGUAAUGUGUCUAUGUCUACUAUUAAUCAACCAAGUAUUAUAGAAGAUAUGAAAUUUGAAAUGGCUACAGAUGUUGGAGAAAAAUCAUUAAAGAGGGUAGAAAGAAGAUUUGAACGUAUGGCUUCAGAAACAUUAGAAGAUAGCCCAAUCGCUAAACAAGCUGUCGAAGGGGAAUACCAUAGAAUAAUUUCCCAAUUAUCAAAUGAAGAGGUCGAUGUUGCUAAUCAAAUAUGGGAUGGAGCCGAGCGCAGCCCAGAAUUAACAACUAACGCCAACAACUUAGCACUUCAAAACUCAGUAGAUAAAAUCCCACCUAAACCAAAUCCUAGACAUUCCAUUGACAGUAGUAUUACAUCUUCUUUAGAUGAAGAUGAUGUAAACUAUACUACAAAAAAACAAUUUUGGGAAGAAAUAACCAAAACUAAUCAACCUCCUCUACCAAAACCUAGAUAUAGUAUUUCAUUACCAAUCAACAAUUCAAAAAGACCUGUAAUGAACAAUGCUUCUUUAGAACUCUUUGAUAAUUCAUUCGGUGCUUCUGAUAAUGCAGAAGUACCUGAAAUGAUCAACAAACCAAUGACAAGUAACCAAACUACAGAAAAAAUUGUAGUUUGUGAGUUCACUUGUCUGAAAUCGGAAUUGCUCGAUGAACAACCACAUAUACCACAACUAGAAGAACAUAAUGUUGUCAAAGAAACUAAACGAUUAGAUUCUGAAACUGAAUAUAUAAAUAAAUAUGGAGAAGAAUCAUUAGCUUUCGAAAAUGAAGGCUUUCAAGAAGAAGAUGUUUUUGAUAAUAAAGAUUCAGCUAAAAAAGAAUAUUCUCAGAGUACAAAUAAAAAAAAAAUGGACACAAAAACUAGAUCAAUGUCUUUACCAUCUCAUCAAACUGAACAUAUUUCCUCUAAAAAAUAUAUUCAACAAAUUAAGCCUCAAAUGGAAGGCAUACAAAUGGAACAAGAAUCUUCACCUGAACAUAAAUCUUUGAAAAAUACAACACGUCAACAAUCACCAAGUCAAGAAGUACUUAUUAACCGCCAAAUUCAUAAGCACAUUUUUUCUAAUGAAUUAGACGAACAAAUAGAUUCAUUAAUACCAGAAGAAAAAUAUUUAGGCUUAAAAUGUGAAAAAAGUGUUUCAAUGAAUUCAAUACAUACUUCAUCAGAUAAAAUGACUGGAAGUACAAGUGAAAAAUCAAUCACGAAAACCGAAUCUGCUGAAUCAUCUGUACUUGAUGAUUUACCAGAAGAAAUAAAAAUAAACAAAAUUAUCUCUAAACAAUCAAAAGACAAAAAUUCAUCAAGUUUAACCCAAGAUCAUAUUGAUGAAAUUCCUUCGGACUCUUGUUCAUUUAAUGAAGAAAAAGAAAAAUCCAUUUUACAUACUGAAUCAAUUGAUUCUUCAAUGAUUGAUGAUGAAAUACAUAAUGAAAUAGAAAAUGAAAAAGAAAUGUUUUCACAACCUCUACCUGAUCGUAUCAUUCACACUCCAGAAGAACACAUUCCGGACACAAUAUGGGAAGUCACUCAGCUAGGAACAGACGAUCAAGAAUUAGAGAACGUUGAUAUCAAAGAUCAAUGUAUUUUCCAUCAAAAUUUUGUUCAACAAGUUGAUUCGAUAGAAUCUCUUGAAAACCCAAAAAAAGAAAUGACUGGAGAACUGGCUAGAAAUAUUGCUGAGCAAUUAAUCAAUGAAAUUGAAAUCGAACUUUCAAAACGUCAUGAUGUGUUGGCAAACUUACAUCAUUUAAUGAUGUCACCUGAUCAAUUUCAACAAUUGGAAAAUAGUGGUUAUUUAGAUAUGGAAGGAGAAGAUUUGCAGCUAAAAAUUAUGGAAUCAGUAUUAGCGAAAAAGUCCAGAGACCAAUUAAAAAGCAUUUCAAAACAUGAUACAAUUACUUCAAGUAUUGAAAUUACUGACGAAGACUUAAAAAGUAGUGGUUUUGAAAUCGAAUACGAAGGAUUGACGAAAUCACGAAUCAAUGAACAUAUUAUUCCAGAAAGUGAUUAUAAGGAAUCUAAAACAAAUUCCUCAAAAAACGACCCAGAUAUAUUUAAUGAAUUUGGGAAAUCUUCGCAUGACGAAAAAGAAGAAUACUACAAAGAAGCUAAAGAUAAUUUAAUUAUUGAAGCUUAUAUAAGGGAACAACAAAAUGAAAACGAUAAACGAAUAGAAUUUCAAAAAAAAGAUAUUUUUUCGAGUGGGCAGGAUGAUCAUAAAUUAAUAUCCCAAAAACACUACAAAGAUACUAAAACUGAUGUUUUUGAAAAUAAGAUAAGUAAUGAAAAUGACCAAACGAUAGAAACACAAGAACUCGGAUCACAUUAUAAUUAUAAUGAUGAUAAUAGUAUCCAUAAUAUUCAUAAUUCAAGUAAAAUAUCGAACACUGAAAAGGGGAAAAAAGUCGAUGAGCAUAUUAUAGAAAAUGAUAGUCAUGAAAUUCACUCUAAAGAAUGCUUUGAAGUAGAAAAUAAACAAAAUAUACACGGGAAAGCUGGAAAUAUUAUUACUAACGAAAAACACGUUGAUACAUUGAUAAAAGAUUUCGACGACGAACUGAUAAAAGAAGAACAGCACUCAGAACAAACCACAGAUGAUGGAUUAGAAAUAUGUAAUAUAGACCGUGAAGAAUAUCGAGCAACAUCUUGUAUUUUCAAAGAAACCGUGAAUGAUUAUAAAAAUGAAGUAACAUUAAUAAAAGAUUUUGAGCCAUGUUCAUCAAAGUCACUAAUCAAACAAUUAAGCGCGGAAUCUUUUCCUUCAAAAGAUAACUCCGUCCACUCGCCAACUUCACCAUCAUCGUCUUCAAUUGAUAUUCGUGAAGAAAAACGUGUAAAUUUUGACGCUGUAGUCUUUAGAAAACCUGAUUCAAUUAAUAUAAAUAAACUCUCAACAAAAAAACCUGCAGAUUCCAGCUCAAGUGAUAGCCAUUAUCAUUCGUUUGAUCUAACAUCUUCUAGCAGACCAUGCUCGUCAGACGUGGACGGCCUUUUAGCGGGAUCAUCUGAAUAUGAAUCUGCUGUUUCAGUACCAUCAAAUGAAUAUCACACAGCAAUAAGUUCACUGAGCUCAAGAGAAUCGAUGAAAUCACUAGAUUCAGAAAGUUCUGGAAACCUUGCAUCAGUGGAAAAUAGUGAAGCAUCUGAAACACUAAUUGCAUCAACUGGAGAUUUAGAUUUUGAUCACGACGGAACAAACUCAAUUUUAGAAGAUGAAGAUAAAAUAGAACCAUAUGAACAAGAAAUACCAAUGCAUAUAAUUAGAGGAGAAUCCUUACCAAUUAUAGCAGAAUUAACCGAAAUGAAGUACAGUAGCAUGUACAAAACUCAACCAUUUUCUCAGCCAGCUAUUAAUAGUGAAAAAAAUAUGCAAAAAAUGAAAAGAUCACAUGAAAUGACUUUUCAUCCUAUGCCAAAACAUAUAACCAGUGAUAGUUUAUCUGAUUCAUCAUCUCAUGAAGAAAAAUUAUUUUCUAGUGAAGAUGCCAGUAUGAGUAUAUCAAGUACAGAAGGCCAAGCAAUACAAACUGUUGUUGAAGCAAUGAAUGGAUAUACAGAAUCUGGAACAUGCAGUUUUAGUUUCAGUGAUGAAAAUACAAAAUCUGUUGAAACCUCAACUAUUCAAAAUGAAAAUGAACAUUAUGACAAUGAAAACAAAUCCGUGACAAUUAUAUCAUCUUCAGUACCAAUGGAAUACGGUAUUUGCCAAAACGUUUGUACUCAAAUGACCACAAAAUCAGAAGAUGUACAAAAAAAAGGACACCGAAGAAAUAGUAGUUCAUUUAGUAAGAUAUUAGUUGAAGACUUAGAUAUUAUCGAUAACAAAGAAAUUGUAGAUCCAGAUCAACCCAAAGAAUUGACUGUUGGUAACCAACAUUCGGAACAUAAUAUUCAAGAUAAAUCUAAAACAAAAUUUGAAAAUAUUUCAUCGAAAGAUGUGCAUGAUUUGACUUCAGAAAAAGAAAUAUCUUCAAUACAUGAUAAUCACAUUUUUGAUAUGCAUGGAAGUAUAUCUGAUAAACAUAGUUUUGAGCACAUUGAUGAUAUUGCCGAAUCAGAUGCAGCUUUUCAAAUGGUACCUCAUGUAUCACCAGCAAUACCUGCUUCUUUACCCCCUACAAUACCAGAGGAUCCUUUUUCAGAAGACGAGGAUGAUUUAUUAGACGAUUCUACAGAUACAGUUCCUAAUAUUAUGAUUACGGAACAUAUGGCUCCUUUGGUUGAUCGUGGCUUUCAUUACCCAGACUUAGAUCUAGAAGCUAAGGAACUAGAAAUUAAAACAUCAACUCCACAAACACCUGCAUCAAUAAGUAGUAAAGAAUCAUCAGAUACAGAUCAGGGCAGAGAAUAUAUAAUAAAUGAAGACUAUGACCCACAAGAAGAACCUUCAUGGACUGGUGAGGAACAAACAAUUCUUGAAAAGGUAGAAGAAACAGAAGAAAAAGAAUCUGUUUCUUUAAGUGAAUCAUUCGAGUUAGUGGAUAAUAUCGAAGAAAAACUCGACAGCUCAGAUGAUGAAUUUGUAGUUAUAGAAGAAAUAGGAAAAGAAGCGAAAGAAGAAGAUUCUGAAGGAAAAGCAAUACAAAUUCAAAGAAAAACAAAAAUAAUCCAUAAAAAUGUAAACAACACGGGUUCACCUCAACAUGAAUCAGACUCUGAAAGUCCAGGAUCAAAAAGUCAACUUGAAUUAGAGUUUGCAAAUCAAAAAUGGGUUGAACUUCAAUUUGAAGAUGACAACACUAUAAACGAAGUCUAUGGAUAUAAUAUAGAGUAUGAACGACCCCCCCUUGAAGAUAUCAAAGAAGAAGAUACUGAUGAUUUGCAAAGCAGUAAAGUUGGGAGUAUUGGAAGUCAAGUCAGUCAUUCAAUUGAUAGUUUUGGCAGUAUGAAAGAAUCAUUUAGCAGCACCCCGGAAAGUAAAAAAUACUUAGGAAAAUCAUUAGAGAAUGAUAAUAUAUCUGUAAAUUCUCUACAAGAAUUUGAAAGGUUAGAACAGUUGGUAAGAAUCGAAUCAAUGAAAGCCAAGUCUUCGGGAUCUUUAGCAUCAACUACAAGUUCUUCUAAUAGCAGAAAGGAUGAUUUAUCAUUAGCUUCUCUUAAGGAUUUUGAAACAAUAGAAGCAGCUUGUAUUAAAACUGAGUUGAUUGAAAACAAAGCUUUAGCCACAGAAAAAUCAUUAGAUGACGAAGAUGGAAUGUUUAAAAUUAAUGAAAUUAUUAAAGAAGCUGAGAUAAAUUUAGAACAAAACGAAGAUAAUUCUGAAAAACAUUUAUCGGAAGAUGAUAAUUUGACUAGUACAGAAUCACUUGAUUUAAAAACAAUUGUUACCGACAUGAAAGUGUCAGCUUCUCUUGAACAUAUGUCAAAUACUGGGUUUGUGGAAGGGAAACAAAAUGAUUAUGAUGAUUGCAUGAACUCAAGUGUUUCAAGUCGUGGUUUUAGUAGUCCAAUCAUGGAUGAUCAUUCAAAAGAGUCAUCGUAUAGAAACAGUUUAAUUUUAGGUAGUAAUGAUUCACUAGGCCCGAUAAGUUCCACAUCGACGAAUGCCACUUACCACUGUGAAACUGGAUCCAAUAUGUCUUCUAGCUUCACAAGUGGAGGUUCAAAUACUAUGGUCUCUAGUAUGGAAGGCCUUGACAAAACUGGAAGCAAACAUGAUUGGUUUGACGAACAUGAAACUUUUGAAACAUUUAGAAAGGACCAGGAUGGAACAGAAUUCACUCAUAAGGUCGUAAGACUACCCACUGAAAUGCAUAAAGUAACGGCAAAAGGACCCGACAAAGAUAAAAUUAUAGAAGAUUUUGUAGAAUACUUUUCACCUGGAGAAUUCCAGGAGGAUGUGGAACGUACAGAUGAGCAUGGUAACAUAUUUGUUACACGAAUUGUACAAAAACGAAUGGUUUUUGAUACUGAAGAGUUAGCAAGUAAAGGUGUUUCUGAAGACGAAUUAAAUGAAUGUUUGAGAAAACUUUCUAAAGACGCCCCUAGCGGAUUUGAAAUCAGUAAGAAAACUUCAACUCACAUUGCAGGAUCGUCUGAAGAGAUAAGAGAACAAUCAAAAUAUGAUACAAAACAAGAGUUGCAAGUGGCUGCAUCAAAACCGGAGUUGAAGUGUGAAAUUAGUAUGGACGACGAUACAGAAAUAGAUCUACGCGAGCAUGACUGGCGCUUUCAACAUCAAAUAAACACCGAAACUGAUGACAUUACAAAGCCAAGUACAUCUGGAUGGACUGGAAAAUCGAAACCGAAAGAAAAUGUAUCUGAACUGUAA